AUGUUCCUUAGAAUAGCCUCCACUUUCCUCAGUGUAGAUCUCUCCACCACAUCCUCCAGUGAGUCCAAGCUGAUACCAACCACAGACAGUGUGUAAGGAAAACAACCACAUAACAAAUAGCCAGCUAAACAUUGUACUAUUGCUGGAUCUGCAUUUGUUCUUGUUUUCAAAUUAGUAAUUAAAAUAUAUUAUUUAUUUGAGCUUUUAUUUAUCAGCGCUAAUAAUAGGCCUUACCUAUUCUGAGUAGGAAAGUCCAAUUUUAUGAAUAAAGAUUGCAGUCAUCUAAUUGUGAUUUGUAGCAUUCGUUUGGAUUGCAAAGUCUAGAGUGAAGCUCAAAAGACUUGUUGUACACUCAAACACACAUUCACUUCCCUUUUGUUCUCCAAGACCAGACUGUAUCAGCUCCAAAUAAUGAGCUCCAUAUUCAUUAGAUCUGUGUCACAGAGUGUUACAAAGUCUAUGCGUCUCGAAAUGUGAUCAGAGAGGUUCAAAUCCCUGCUGAAGUCCUUCAUCGUGAUGUCUGAGCAGUUUUCUGCAGCAGUAGUUCCCUUACAUGACCUGUAUCAGAACCGCCUUUCAGGAUCAGUCCUUGAGAUAAAUGACGGCCUAGACCUCAAACCAAUGAGAGGGGGGUUUAAAAAUUAUUGACUGGAUGUUUGUCCAAUCGAUGGUUAGUUGAAAUGAGUGGGAGGGGUUUACCAAUGUUGCAUUUGUUACGUACAAUCGGCGGAGCCCGGCUGAAUUUGUCGCACUGUUAAAUCGCGUAAUAGUUUAUACUGUGCAAAUUGCAUUACAAAAGUUACACGUUUCCCCUAGAUUAAACAGUGUAUGUUCCCCUGUAUUUAAGCAUUUCUGCUAAUUCUGCGGCAUAUAUCCGACAAAUUGAUAGAAUCGAGCCGUAUCACAUGCUCAGUAGUCACUGGGUUCUAACAAAUCGAACGCACCUAUUACUGUGUUUUGUUGUUUUUCAGCGGUGUAUCGUAUUUGGCCUGUCAAACCGUGUGACUUUUGACUGAGGCGACGAGACGGGAAUAACAGGGAUGCACAUGACUAAAAAGUAAUUGUUACACGCUAAGACAUCUUCACCUAGCAGGUCAUAAUGCGGAGUCAACAUCAAUUUAAGCGGUUGGUCUGUGUCUGUUGCAAAAAUUCGACGUCCACUCGUAGCUAGCGACAUUAGCAGACUAGGCUAGCCGAUUUAACUCUGUUAGUGAAAAACAAACUGCUUUUAACAACGAUAUUCUCAAGGUAGAGAGAAUUUGACACCCAAUUUAUGAGUCGCUAAAUUUUUCGAUGUCAACUUCCAAGCUUGUCGGUGUGUGUGUCUGUGUGUGUGUGUGUGUGUGUGUGUGUGUGUGUGUGUGUGUGUGUGUGUGUGAGGGGGGGGUGUUACUGUUAGCUGUGUGAGGCUUGAGGUUAUUGUUCUCACGGAGGGGCAGCUGAUACCAUUUGCUGACGAUAAUUUGUUCAACCUUUCCAGGACCAGGAACACAAUGAAACCACCAUCACAGACUCCAUCAGGUCCUGUAAGCAGCCUAGUAAGUAGUGACAGCUCUCUUUCUUAAUUUAGAUUGUUCUAAGUGGCUUACGAUGAAUUUAUUACAGGUAGGUGUGCCAGUGUUUACUUGAAUUUCUCUAAAAUGACAGCUGCUUGUUCUGCCCUGAAAGGGUAACAAACACCUUAGCUUUCUUUCUGGUCACUUGAACUAAAUUUUUAUUUCCCAUUAUAAAAAAUAGACACUUCACACUCCAAAAGCAGCAAAAAGAGGUCAAAUCUCAGCCAAAGGUAAAAUAUAAAUAGGGGGGGGGGGGGGCACGACGACAAGAUUAAGCUAUUAUAUCAAGUCAACAAGCUCAGCCUCAGUGAUUGUAUUAAUUUCCCAUUAAAUCAAAUUUAGUGAUAGAACAGUAUGAACAGACAUAGAACUUAAACUUUGCUAUGCACUGUAAAGUUAACCCCAUUUUCUGUCUGUAACUUCACAUCAACUAGAAAUAAUUCUUAAAAUGAUAGAUAACUAUAUAGACAUAAAUAACUACAAGAAGGUGAAUUCGAAAAGAGGGUAAGUAACAGAUUUUUUAUUUCUGAUGUUUCUAUUUCUUUUUUAAGUGAGGUAUCAUUCUCCUUUUUUUGAUUACUGCUUUAAUAUUAACACAAUAAGACAGUCAGUAACUCCAGGGUUUGAGUGAUAAAGAUGUAGAUUUCCAGUGUUAAAACUUAAAAUGCCUCUGACAACAGAUGCAGCUUCCUGGAAACAUCUGGCUUUAAAACAAGCUUUGAGAUUUGUAGAGUGUCCUUCAGAGAGAAAACCUGCAGAUCCAGUGUAAACAAAGGGCUGUCCAUUAACCUAGAUGUAACUAAACCCUCGACCAUUUAAACAGAACUUGUAACUAUCAUCACUUCUAAAUUUAAUCAGUGGGUGGUAGAAGUCUUGAUUUUUAAAUAAUUUACAUGAGUAAAACCUAAAUACAAAAACAGGUUAAACUAUUUGUAAAACUGUGUUGUCUUAUACACUGAACUACUGGAGUGACAAUUAGGUAUCAAACAUAGACUGUAUAUACUAUGGACAACCUGGUUCCGCCUUCCGCCUGUAUACGGAUUUGAAGCCAAAAAGCUCUCGGUAAUUCAGGGUUUUUCUCCACUUCCUUGAAACCAGAGCUGCGUAGUAGCGAUGCGCGCAUUCGGCCGCGCAGUCGCCGAGAGUCCCUGUGAUGACGCUUGGCUCAAACAGCAUAUCCCCCCGGCUGAGCUACGCAAUCCCUGAACGCCCAUAGGCUGUACCAGGUGUCAAUCAUAGAAAACAUGAACCCCCUAAUAACUUUUAAAAACGGAGCUUCACAGAAAAAAGAGGACUUGGGCACAAACCAGUCUUACAAUAACUACAUGUCAACAUCACAAGCAGGGGGGAGAAAAAUUUAUGUACUGUGUAAUAAAUUUCUAAAGUUUGUCCACAGUCCCAUAAGCUUUGCUGACGGAGGCGGGAUUUAUUACCUGUACUGCAGCCCACCAUCAGAGGGUGCUGUUCUCGGAGUGGCUUCACCCAGCGAGGAGGCAGACUCUGUCCAUUCUUUAUACAGUCUAUGGUAUCAAAGUGUUGUAGCCUCUCGGUUGCGAAGGACAGAAAUCUGUUUAAAGUGAGAUUCUGUUGUCUGCUCACAUGUCAUGACUCGUGUUUGCAGAUAUUUGAAGGGGUCUACAACAAUGCCAGAAUGCUUCAUUUUCUCACUGCAGUUGUGGUGAGUACUAAAACUGAUAAGACUUAAAAACACUGAAGGUUGAUUUUGACUUAGCUGUAGUGAUCAGACUAAUGGACUGAGUUCUCUUUAAUUUUGGUUUUAGGGCUCCACCUGUGAUGUGAGAGUGAAAAACGGGACAGUGUAUGAAGGAAUCUUUAAGACUGUCAGCUCACAGGUAAAGAAAAAAAGCUUACUUUUUUCAACAGUUGUAACAAAGGCUGAACAAGUGCUCAUGGCUGCUUUAAUUUCAAAAUACAAUGCUGAUAUGAUGUUUUCCAGGUUUGACAUUUAUACAGACUAUGGGAAUCCUUAAGGUGUUUUCAUUUGAAGACUUGUUGUCAACUAAAAUGGUCAUUUACUUGUGUCUACACUCCGGUCCUCUACCAGUGUGAGCUGGCUGUGGAUGCUGUUCACAGAAGAAGUGAUGGAGAUGGAGGUGGAGGAGGCGAGGAAGGAGGAGGGGGAGGUGGAGAAGUGAGCCAGUCGUCUCCUCCCAAGUUUGAAGAUAUCACUGACACCAUGAUCUUUAGCCCCUCUGACCUGGUGACUAUGACAUGCCGUGAUGUGGACUUAAGCUUUGCUGUCAGAGGUAAUCAGAGACACGACAAGACGAUUGAGCAUCAUUCACUUUUCUUCAAUUUAUGUUGAAGGUUUUUAGAGUUCUUUGCAUCUCAAGAUCUAAUCCAAUCCAAAUUUAUAUAUAAAGCAAGUUUUAAAACAACAAAAUGCUGACCAAAGUGCUGAAGUGUAAAAACAAUAAAACAAACAGUAAAACACAAACACAGGACCACAGUAAAAACCGGAGGACAAAAAAAACAGGAUUAACCCAUUUAAAACUGGACAGCAUGUUUGCAUUUCAACCUUCCAAGCCAGGAGCGUGGCUGCGCAUUUGUGCUCGGAAAGCCGGGUGCAUGUAGGUAUUUCAAUGCUUCAAUUUGGGAGAAGCGUGUACACAUACAGGGUUUUUCCUGGCUCAAAUUGAGGCAGAGGUGGCACCAUCCUGACCAUGCGCCACGACGUGCAUGUAUUUGUAAAUUCAACCGAUUCACUUUCUUUUACAGGCAACAUACUUUAAGUUAAGAGUUCAAAAAAAGAGUGUGACCAUUAUUAUGUUAAAGCAUUCAUUUAUUAAAACUAUAUACAUACACAAAUCAGCUGGCAACUUUAAAUUGAAAGAACACUUCAUCCACACAUCUCGCAACCAGACAGAACAUUUCAGCCUCCUCUUUUUCAUUCUGUAGAACCUCCUCAUGCACUCCUUGUAGUCCAAGGCCUCCUGGUCUGGUCCAUCAACGGCCACCUUACAACAGACAUCCAAGUGCCUCUCCUUCAGUCUGUUCCACAGAGGUGUCUUCACCUUAAACAAAACAAUUCAUCAUGCAUUAAGUAUUUUUGUUUUUAUUCUGAUACAGACAUGAAGAGUGAUAGUGUUUUCAAUCAUAUAUAUGUAUACGCUGCAGUGUCCUCCCUAAAAAAAAAAACGACAACCAAUUAUUUCUUAAACUAUCUAAACUAUGUUAUUUAUUUUUUGUAACUUUAUUAGUUGAGUUUUUUUAGGUACUACCAUCUUUGAUAUAUUUCUCCUUCUCUUCUGCUGCUUUGUGAAUGGCUGUCACCUCAUGUCUUUUUAAUGUGUCCAGCCUGUAGUUGGUUGAUGGCUGUCUCACUAAGGAGGCAGCAAUUGCCUGCUGUGUUGGGGCACAGUGCUUUUGGCAUAAACAGCAGUGCAUGCCUUCCUCAGUAUGCCUGAGCCAGGUAAAUUGAUUGAGCCACUGCUUGUCAAAGCCACUGGCUCUGUGUUUUUGAGAAGAUCUGGAAAGAGGAAUAAAAACCACGUACACGUCGGCUUUGCUUUGUUAUGCUCCUAAUUGGAAACUAAUUAAUUAAUUACCCUCGCCUCGCCGACUCAUCCUGUCCUGCAUUCUGACCCUCGCGAUCACCAGUCCCUUGUGAAGUACUUUCAGACCUGACACAAAUUUCCACGUUGUCACCAACAUGAAUUAUAGCAUUUUAACUGCCUGUUACGUUUUUUUCUCUGCUGUGUUUCACCUGGACUCUUGACUUUCCUCCUCACGAGGUCGCUUUUUAAAGUACUGGCUGAUUUUGCCUGUCAUAACUGCAACGCUAAAAACGGAGUAAACUUUUUUUUUUUAAAUAAACACGACAUGCUUGGAUGCAAAAAGGAGAAGCAGUAUUUACCUGUUUGUACCAUCCGCCAGGGAAAAUCAGGACGCCGAUAGCACCAACUAGCGGGAAAAAAACUUGAAAAAACAUGAUUCGAUCCGUUUCUUCUUCAGUAGAUGCUUCAGGUCUCUCCGGUGCACUGCUGUGGAUAUAGCGCCUCUAUAGUGGCGCAACGCUGCAACUGCAGUUAAAAUACGUUGCUGCUGCAUCGGGACAUCAAUCGCUCAAUCAACACAGCUGGAGCUUUACGCUGUGUUGAGCGAAAUCAAUCGCUCUGGCCGGGGGCGGCACAAAAUUAGGUGGAGGCGGCCGCCACGCAAUUUUGAACGCAGGAAAAACCCUGCACAUAUCAACCCUCCAAGCCGGUGGCACUGCUGAUUAUUUCUACCCUUCAAGCCGGGUGUGUGGAUAUGUCUUUUCGUAACAUUCUGUAGUUUUUCAAUCAUUUCUGAUAGGCUAAUAAAGCUUAAUCACGUGAUCGGAUACAUCCUCGGAUCUUGCUACGUGCCUUGUGAGUAAAGUAAACAAUGACGGAGGCAGAGAGCAGCUUCAGAGAAAAAGCAUCCAGCGGUGUGAACAACCUCUUCAUAUUGAGGUCUUUGGCUCACACUAUUGGUGUUUUCUGUGAGUGUUGCAUGACUUUGGGUGAGCACAGAGAUGAGCACACUGUCAGCCACAUAUUUAUUUAUUUAAUUAAUAUAUUUUUUUUUGUUUUUAGUGCUGCUUUUGUACUGGCAGUAUACUGGGGUAGCUGCAUACCCCCAUACAACACUUUAUUUUUUAUAUUUACAUUUGAAUUAAAUGGACACUUUAUCAUGACUGCCACUUGUUUUACAGAAAGCAAAUUGUUUUUUAUCAGUGCAGUCUUUACUAUUAUUUAUACAGCCGCUUUAUUUCAUUUGAGUUUGUUUGUUCAAGGUUUUCAAAAAUGUGAUGAAGGGCCAGAAAAUUAAAAGAGAGUUAUCUUGAAAGCCACACGUAUAAGCUCUCAAAUAUUUUUUGAAUUUUGUUUCUAUCUGCUACAGAGGCUGAGAUAUCAGCUUUUUUGUAAACCUCAACUCUUGAGAAAACCUCAGGAGGGGACCCUUCUUAAAACUGCCCUCAGGAUUUCAGAGGCGUGUCUCAGACAGGGUUCAGGUCUGAAUGGGUUAAAAGCCAAAUUCUUAGGCAGAGCCAAAAGUCACAGAGUAAAGGUGUGUUUUCAAGUCUUAUUCAAAAAAGUCGCAGUGAGGGGGACGGUUGGACAUGAGGAGGAAGAGCAUUAAGAGCUUAGGCACAGUCACUGAAUGAGCUCGGUCACCCCUCAACUUCAACCUUGACCUCAGCACAUUCAGAAGACACUGGUCAGAGGAUCUGAGAGUCUGAGAUAAAUGAGGAGUUUUUAAAUGUCAGAGUGAUAAAAAUGAGCAAGCCUGUGUAAAGAUUUAAAAAGUAAUAACAAAAUUUUGAAAAAUUUUGAGAAGAAGGGGAGAGACAUCAGGACUGCCCAAAUUAAAUUAAUAAUGAUAAACAGAAACAAGUGGAGGUAUGUUUUUAUUCGAUUGUGUUGCAUUAGUUGUAAUUACACACUAACCGAUAUUGUGAUAACACUCAUUUAGAGAAUGACAUCAUGAUAAAUACUGCACUAUAACCACAAAAGAGUGCACGCCAGAUCUAGUGAAAAUUUGAAAUAAGCUUUUUGUCAGUUCUGAGAUAGAAGGAACUUUUCUCAGCUUUCCUAAAACUUUCCUUUUCUUUGGUAUGAGUUAUUUACACCAAAUAGCUUUGUCAUGUUGGCACGGCAUCUGUAUGGGAAAGAACGAUAAGAGUCAAAGCGGAUCACAGUAGUAUGGGUGAUUUUAGUGGCAGUAGAACAAAGUUGAAUAUAUUUUUAGUGAUUUGUGUAUUUGUGUUUGUUUGCAUGUUUAUGUACAGACACAUUCACUGACUCAGCUAUCAGCUUGUCAAGGGUGAAUGGGGACCACCGGGAGAAAGUUCUGCAGAGGUGGGAUGGAAAUGGAAACGGUGAAAACUUUGAGUUGGAGUCAGACACAGUGAGGGAACACACACACACACACACACACACACACACACACACACACUCUCUCUCUCUCUCUCUCUCUCUCUCUCUCUCUCUCUCUCUCUCUCUCUCUCUCUCUCUCUCUCACUCACUCACACAGAGACACACACACACACACACACACACACACAAGAACCUUGAAAUUGUCUCUAAAACUCACAAAUAUAGAACCAACAUUUUUGGACCUAUUGCUACUUAAAGAAGAAAGUAAUUUUAUUGUGAUCCCAUCACUCCUGCAGCUUUAACCUAAAAGCCAAGCAACUUCCACACUAUUAUUUUCUCAAUGAUUCUGCCUUUUUUUAAUCUCCCCAGUCUAACGGCUGGGACGCCAAUGAGAUGUUCAAGUUCAACGAGGAGGCUUAUGGUGUCAAGUCAACGUAUGACUCCAGCCUUUCCAUGUAUACGUGAGUAUGUCUGCAGUUUGCUGUGUACAUGUGUCUUCAGCCCAAGAAUUCAGCUCUUCUGUAGCUGUAGAUAUUGCAAGCAGAGGCUAACUGUAAUUUCAGGACCCUUACCAGUACUUCAAACCCCUCAUAGUUGUUACAUUAUAAGUCUCUGCUCAUCUUUGCUUAAAGGCCUGUUGUUGUGCUGCAAAACAAAUCUUAUUUCACUCUGAUCACAAGAUCAUCUCGAGCUAAAUCGCAGAUUGGGUGAAAAUCUAAUAGCUUACAGAUCUUAAAACCCCUGCUCUGAAAAUCUGGUAUUUUGAUUGUCAUAUUUCUGUCCCGUGUCUGCUUUCCCAGCAUGCCUUUAGAGAAGGGGAACUCAGAGGUUUACAGACAGCGAGAAGCUCGGGCAGCUCGGUUAGCCAAUGAGAUUGAAGGCAGCCUGCAGUACCGCCGGCGGGUUUCUUUGGAAAAUGAUGAGGGCAGGAGCGAGGAGGACAAAUACAGCUCUGUGGUCAGAGAGAGGGAAGAGCGGUCCAGCCCAGGAUUCCCUUCUGGCAACAGGUACAAAGUAUUUUCCUACACUUAUUUGGUUUUUUUAAUUUAGUGAAUUUUACCUCUAAGCUAACAUUAUGAACUUUUUACCAGGAAAUUAUUUGAUGCUGAAAUUAUCAUUUACAAUGUUACAAUGUCAUUUAGCAGACGCCUUUUUCCAAAGGGACGUACAUUUGAGAACAACACAAGCAAAUAUCGAGACAAGAGGAAACAAGAUCAGUAAGAGCAAUAUGUGCUUGAAGUGCAAUUGGACACAGUCUGAAAGGCAAUGCAAAACACAGCAACUUAAAAAUAGGCAACUGGACUGUGUAGAGUUGAGAAUUUUUCCAGAGGAAGUCCUUAACAAAGGAUUACAUUUUGCAGUUACCCCUGAACAGAUCCCGGUGGUAGACCUUAUCACAGCCACGGAGUCAGCUAUCUGCAACAACAAUCUGACGGUCACAGAGGCAGAGCAACUUAGGUUGAAGGUAACAGCUGCUCUCUCGAAUGCCAAAACACCUGCUUCCAACCUGAUCAUGCAGGAAAGAAGAGCCUUGGCAUCACUGCAAAAAGAUGAAAACAUCACCAUCCUACCUGCAGAUAAGGGGAGAUGCACUGUUGUACACAACACCAGGGAUUACCAUGACAAGGUAACAAGCCUUCUCAGUGACACUGCCACCUAUGAAACUCUAAAACAGGAUCCCACCAACAGCUACAAAAAGAACGUUAUCAGCGUACUUCAACAGCUGGAAAAGGAUGGAGUUAUCGACCGCCCACUCUAUUACCGGCUAUACCCAGGGGAAGCUGUACCAUGCAUUUACGGAUUACCUAAAAUACACAAGGAAGGGGCCCCCCUUAGACCCAUCAUCAGCAGCAUUAACUCAGUCACAUACAAAGUUGCAAAACAUUCCUCUUGUCGGCCACACCACUCACCACGUCAGAAACUCAGGACUUUGCCGAGAAAAUCAAAGACAUCAGGCUGGACCCAGACGAAACCAUGGUUUCCUAUGAUGUCACAUCACUUUUCACGAGUAUUCAGGACAACACACUGGAAGUCAGAACCAACUUAACCCCCGACCACAUCUGCUCCUUAUUAGACAUCUGCCUCAGCACCACCUGUUUCCAGUUCAGAGAGCGCCAUUACAGACAGAAACAUGGAUGCGCUAUGGGCUCCCCGGUUUCUCCAAUAGUGGCAAACCUGUACAUGGAAGAGGUAUAGAGGAAGGCCCUAACCUCCUUCAAAGGAGCAGCACCUAGCCACUGGUUCAGAAAUGUGGAUGACACCUGGGUUAAGAUCAAAACACAUGAAGUAGAGGCCUUCACUGACCAUAUCAACACAGUGGACAGCAACAUCAAGGUCACCCGUGAAGAUGUCAAAGACGAUGUGUUGGCCUUUUUGGACUGUGCUGUUCACUUGGAGGCAGAUGGAUGUCUCAACGUUGAAGUGUACAGGAAACCCACACACACGGAUCAAUAUCUACUUUUUGAUUCCCACCAUCCUCUGCAGCACAAGCUGCGUGUUAUCAGAACACUCAACCACCGGGCUGAGAACAUUCCCAUGAAGAAAGAAGGUAAGGAAAAGGAACAGAAGCACAUCAAAAAUGCCCUGACAACCUGUGGAUACCCUAAGUGGGCCUUUGUGAAGAACAGAAAGAGAAAUAACACUGAACACGAAAGGGAGGAGAGACGCAAGAGCACUGUAAUUCCUUACGUUGCGGGCCUGUCGAAAAAACUCAAGAGGAUCUUUGGCAAACACCAUAUUCCUGUUCAUUUCAAGCCUGGUAACACACUAAGGCAGAAGCUAGUCCAUCCCAAGGACAAAACACCAAGACAUAAACAGAGUAAUGUGGUGUAUGCCGUCCAGCGAGGAAUGCUUGGACCUGUACAUUGGGGAAACUAAACAACCGCUUCACAAGCGCAUGGCUCAACACAGGAGAGCCACUUCCUCAGGUCAGGACUCAGCUGUCCACCUUCACUUAAAGGACACGGGUCACUCUUUCGAGGACAGCAAUGUACAGGUGUUGGCUAGAGAAGACAGAUGGUUUGAAAGAGGAGUUAAAGAAGCCAUCUUUACCAGACUGGAGAAACCUUCUCUGGACAGAGGGGGUGGACUCAGGCACAACCUCUCUGGCACUUACAAUGCAGUUCUCAGCUUUCUCCCCAGGAAGCUCCACAAACAUUCACACCUGGGACCACAGGACCCAGGUGGCAUGGGUCAUGUGGUCAGGUUAACGACUUGGGGGCUCCUCACACUAGCAAUAAUUAGAACUGAAGAAGCUUCUCAGAUAAGAGGCGAAACGUCUUCUCAACUCUACACAGUCCAGUUGCCUGUUUUUAAGUCUUCAAGAAAAGCUUGGUCUUUAGCUUUCCUUUGGAAGUUGAGAGAGACUCUGCGGAUUGCACCGAGUUAGGUCAUUCCACCAUUUUGAAACAACAGAGAGAGGAGUCAGGAUAGUGAUUUUGGGGCCUGUGCUGGGAGCACUAGGCGUUUCAAGUAGGUUUUUCAGGGAUAACAGCAAAAAGUCCUCGUAUUAAAAUGAUCUUAAGUGUUAUUGCUCCCUAAAUGAUGAAGAUGUUAUUAUAAAUUACAGUGAACUUUUAAAAUGUUUUAGGAGAAAGAUUUAAUGUUCCUCCAGAUUUCGUAGUGUUUCUCUUCUGCUUUGCUCAGCUAAAGGUAUUCCUUUCUUACUGAGAACAGGACUUUAACUAAAUGUCUUCCCAGUGCUCCUCCUAACACUUUUUUUCCUUGAUUUUGAUUUCCAGGGAAGGUAAAUAUAUUCCUCUCCCCCAGCGGGCUCGAGAGAUCAGCCUAUCAGGCAGCGGCGUGAGAAGCGGAGGCUCUGGCCGCACUACUGCGCCAACCUCCUCUAGGCAUCAGCCAUCCAGCUCAUCUUCCCCCAAACCGCCCUCCGAAACAAGCAGCCCGCUGUCUGUCAGAACUGCCUACUCUCCUCACCAAUCGCAGAGCAGCCCUCCGGCAGCCAGCAGCCCACCCUGCACUAAUCAUGUCCUGCCACAUUCGCUGUCUCAUCCUCAGGCGCUGGCUGAGACGACGCGCUUACCUGUAAAUGGAGGUACUUCAUGUAGCGGUUUGACUUUAUAAUAAAUGUCUCAAGAUUAAUAAUUGAUAAUAAUCAUAAAUGAUGACAUAUAUGCACUUGUUGAAAGGGGCACCACCCACCCUUAAUGGUGUGAAAUUAAAGAAAAACAAAAGGUUUAAUUCAGAAAUCAAACAUUAAAGGGGCCAUGGCAUGAAAAACUGACUUUGUUAACGGGAGCGGGGUGCAUAUCAGGGAUAGAAAACCGCUACAAUCCCCCCAAGUUCGAAAAAAUUCCAUCCAGUCGUUUUUUUAGUUAUCUCCGUAUUCAGGAACUGUGUGCUCAGAGCCGGCCGUUCUGAAAACUCCACUGACAUGACGUCAUGUCAGUGCUGGCGGGUUGAUGGUACUGCCCAUGGAGCCGCCCACUUUCCUGCCCAAAAAAUUAUCAAAACAGCCCCAUUAUUCCCGGCCGCUCACUCACAUUGCUCCGGUUAGAACCAUGGCGAAAGUAUGAUCUGAAAAAAGAGGCAGCGUUUGCUCUGUUGUUGGCUGGCCAAAACAAACAAGCACAAAACUCUUUUGAAAACUCCCUCAUCGGAGGAUUUGAGGACUCAAUGGGUGGAUUUUAUUUAUAAUGGGAAUGUGCCCGCGGCACUUCCAAAAUAUCUGAACGUAUGUGCGCACCAUUUCACUUCGGACUGUUUUAUCAACGAGGGGCAGUUCAACGCUGGAUUUGCUAGAUGUCUGAAGAUAAAGAAUGGAUCCGUACCAACUAUCUGUGAUCCUACUACAAACGUGGCGUCUGUAAGUGUGAACGUUUUAUUUUGACUUACUGUUUAGCCUAAAUUCCCCCCGGUGCCUCAGCACGGCCACCACGCUUUGAUAAACACACCGGAUCCGCACCGGUUUACCGGAUCCUCCUGUAUUUUAGCUGCUCACUUCUUCCCCAACAACUCCGCCGGCGGGGGACAAAAUCCCCCUCUGGAGCAGCAUGUAGCUUUAGCAUUUGCCCGUGCGGCGACGCACCUCUUUUGGCUCAAAUACGGGACGUCCCGGCUAAUGCUGGACGGUCGGCCAUCCUAUUAAUUAGCAAAGGCUUCAGAGAAGUUUUAGAGCACCAAAAUCUUACAUUGUAGCAGAGCUCUGGUUGUAAUUUUUUCUACAGUCAUAUCUUCCUCCUUAAGCGUGACCCUCCUGGCGGCUUUGAAUAAUACAUAGGAUGUGUCGACUAGGUCGCUUCAAGUCGCGUUUGGUCUGAACGCGGCUAAGAGUUUCUUCCGGAGCCUCUCCCUCUGGGUCAGACUCUGGCUCAAACUGGUAGGGUUGUACGAGCGAUCUUCUUGCAGCCAUGACCGAGCCAGUGUAAACAUUAGCACAUGGCUAUCUGAGCACAGCCACAGCCCCUUCCAGAGAGAUGGGUGUAAAGUGGACGUGGCUUAGGUGCAGCUCAUUUCAUUAAAGAGCGUGACCCAAAACGGAGGAUUUUGAGCAGAGCUGUUUUUAGCUGAUAAAAAGAGCACUAAAAUAAUUGAUCCAAAUCGAAUUUUGACUGAAGGAUGUCACAGACAUGCUUUUAACACACCAGGGGACUAUUUUAAGUUGUGUGAAAUUGGCAUGCCAUGGGACCUUUAAGUCAACCUUAGAUUAUAUCAAUCUCAUAUCUGAAGCUGCAGUAGUCAUUUGAGGGACUCUACUUCUGGAAAAACACUGACAGACAAGAACUCAGAAAAAUAAUGAUAUGUUUAUUACAGGAUAAAUGAUGGUACAACAUACAUGCAAUAAAUGAUAAUAAGAUAAUGAGGAUAAAUAGUGGUAGAGGAAUUAAAGAUUCUGAGUCAGGCUAGGAUUAUUAAAGUUAAUGACAGUGAGUGAAUAUGCUCAAAUAUAUUAACCUACAUAAACUUUGGUGUAGAGAUAAAUUUGGGUGUGGAUUUGGAUGAAUUAAGGAUUACUCGAAUUAGUGAAUAUUUGAAUCAUGAACGCAUGAGACGGCAUCAGCCUUGUUUGGAGCUCUGGAGGUUUGCAUACUUAAGUGAGACUGGUCCCUGGAGAAGAUGGAGCAGAGGUUCAGUUCAGAACAGGACCCAAGUCAGACGAAGGAUGGGCCAGGAGUCACAGAAUACAGGCCUGAAUGCAAAAACCAGUGCCUUAUGGAUCUUUUGGAUGCUCCUCUAGUCUCACUCAAAACUCUGGCACAGAGGAUGACUUUGGGCCUGCUGGGUGGCGUACAGCGGUGACUUUAAAAUCACGCAGAUAAUUUAAAAAAAGAAGCUCGAUGGCCAGUCAAAACUAUUUUAAAAAUGAUUUUGCAAUAUUAAAUAAAAAUCUGUUAAAGACUUUAAUCUUGGAUUGCUAUAUGCACAAAAAAGAAGUUUCAAAACUUGAACUGAGCAGUGUUUAAGAAAAAUAAAACAACGUGAAUGAACACGUGGCAUAAAACUUACAAGAGGAUGAGGAAAAAGUAAGACUAAGUUGUAAGAGUAAGAGCUAAGAGAAAACAAGCUAAGAGGGAACAAAAGAAAAGGGCUAAGAGAAAACCUGGAAUACAAAAGACUGAGCACCCCAACUUUACCAGUUUUAUCUCCUCCAAACUGGGAGUGUCUCUGGGGAUCUGUGUGUGGGAGAAGAGAGAAAAGGGGUCAUUGGUGCAGCUCUGGGAGAGGAGACUUAAAGGACCCUGAUUAUUUGAUCUAAUUUAUACUUUUGGCUGGUAAAAGAGUCAGAUCUGAUACUCACUCACUAUGAUUAAUAUCACUGAAUGCUUGGUUUCAUGAUAAAUAAUUUGAUACUAAACACAUAUAAAGAAAUGUAGAAUCACAUCAAACAUUUUGAUUAUGUUGUAAGUAUCACAUUGAACAUGCUAAAUGACUGAAGUAAAACAGAUGCUAACCCAUAGAAACUGUGAACAACAAAAGAGUAAACACAUGUAAAUGAACUUCAUCAUGAUGAAUAAUGGAUUCCAAAUACUCAGAUUCAGAUUAUUCAAUGACAUCAUAACCACCUAAUGGUUAAAACACUAAAUAAAUGAUUAAAAUAUAAACCAAACAAUUCUAAACCGUUUCUGUUACUUAGAGUAAAGUUAUGAUUCAUAGUCAAUAAAUUUAACUCUUAAAAGUUUAUGAAACAGUCUGAAAGCUGUUGGUCUAAAGAAACUACAGAAUAAAGGGUUUAUUCUGUCAGAGUGAUUACUUGGCUUCUGGAGCACAUAGAAAAAUGGGAUACAUCUCAUUUUAACACAAAUUUCAUGAUUAGACAGAUUAGUACAUUGCUGAAUGCAUAAAAUGUCAAAUGUCAUUUGGAUUCUUUCUCCAAAGGAAUGCAGUUUUAUCAGUACAUGGUCAAGCAGGGUUUUAUGACAGGUCUGGAGGUCAGUGUCCUGCUCCUCAGACCUUUCAUUGGAUUCCGUGUGUUCACACACUUUAAAACAGUAAAUCUCAAAUAGGAGACCUGGAUUGACGCAUUAAUGUUUAUCUAGAUGGUCAGUGAUGGAGUGUGUUCUCCGAGCCAGAGGUUUAGGUCAACCUCUUGUUGGGUCAGUUGGGUAACCUGAAAGUGCAGACAAGUCUGGAAAGAUUUAUAUGAUCCUGUGUCCUGGGACCAGAUAAGGAACCUUACCUGUGAGGAAUGUGUGAGUUUCACACGCAGGGUUGUCUUGAUGCUACAUUAAGAGCUUAACUGCUGAUACUAGUAUCUGCUGCGACAAGACAUGUUUAUAUCACACAAAGCACUAAGUAAAUUAAAGUGAGAUGAUGAUAACCCCAGUGCUCACAAGGUGAUCCAAAUCUUUCUGAUCAUCUGGAUCAGAAAGCAUAGAAAAAGACCUCUCUGUGUACCUUGUGGAGAUCCUCUUUUUCUAUGUUAUCAAUCUUGAGUAGAAUAGUGCUGGCUCUUUCAGUGUAUGUGGACUCUAACUGCUUGCCUUUUUCCACUCAGUUACUUCUAGAACAUCACCCAAAUCUCAGAGACUGCAGAACUCCAGAACCCUGCGGACUCCAAACUCCCAAUCCUCACCUGCAGGUAGGUCUAACAAAAACACACCGGCACUGCUGAAGAGACAGCAGCUGGAUCAGGACGUAGAAUUUUUUUUUACACAAGCUAAGGAUCCAAUACAUUUUUAUCUAAAUCUUCACUUCUUCCUCAUACUCAUCCAUCAAAUUCUGCCUCUGAUACUCCAUCUAACAUGCCUCUAGUUUCUCGUGCUCCAAUAUCAGAAGCCGCUCCCCAGGACCUCCACCUGGCUGGCCCUGCCUUCUUGGACUCCUCUCUUUCCACUGUAACCACCACUACCACCACCACCAAACCCUCCGGCCCCACCCCACUUUUCCCUGUUGAUGGUGAGACAUUCAGUUUGACGUUUUAGGUCUGAAGUGUCAAUUACAUAAAAUAUAUGAUGUUAUGUAACAUAUGUAAACUAAAAUCAAUAAAAGCAUAUCAAUGAUAGCAUUAGGGAUGAUAAACCUGAGAUAAGGGCAUAAACAAUAACCAGAAAAAGAAAGCUUUUAAAGAUGGUGACAAAGAACAACUCAAACAAGUGCAACAAGAGUUGAAGAGGAAACUGAAGAUGGCAAAGCUGAAGUACAAAAAGAAGAUAGAGAAGAAUCUACAACACAGCAACAUCUGUGAAGUGUGGAGAGGAAUCAGUACCAUCUCUGGACACAGCAAUAUAAGAAAGGACAGCCAGUGGUGGGUGAUCUGGAAAGCGCUGAUGAACUCAACCUGUUCUUCAACAGAUUUGACACUGCUGCCACACCCACUUCAACUGCUACUCUACCCCUUCCUCUCCGCAACAAAUCUCCACUACAACUUCUCCCGUUCCUCCUCCAUCUCGUUCAAAUGUCUCAACCACCUCAACUACCUCCCUCCUAGACCAUCAGUCCUUGUCUGUCACUGAAACAGGGGAGGAUGGAGCUUGGAAGACUUUGUGCUGGGAAUGCAACUGGUCCAGAUAGUGUGUGUUCAAGGCUGCUUAGAGACUGUGCUGCAGAACUGUGUCAUCCUCUCCACAGGAUCUUCAACCUGAGUCUACAGCUGGGGCAGGUACCUACUCUGUGGAAAACAUCCUGCAUUGUGCCAGUGCCAAAAACAAAUGUCCUGCUGAACUCAAUGACUACAGAACAGUGGCCCUCAAUUCACAUCACGAAAACCCUUGAGUGGCUGAUUCUAUGCCUUCUGAGGUCUGAGGUCCAAAACAAACUGGAUUCCUUGCAGUUUGCAUACAAAGAACACAUUGGAGUGGAUGAGGAAUCGAUGAUGCUGUCCUCUACAUGCUUCACUGUGCCCUGUCUCAUCUGGAGGAGCCUGGGGUUUAUGUGAGGAUCAUGUUUUUCGACUUUUCAAGUGCAUUCAACUAGCCUGGCUGGGCCAUCCUGUUGCAUGAAUCACUUGCCGUUCCUUUCCACAACAGUCUGGAUUUCGGCCCAUUGGGAGCGUGUAUUAGCGAUCAGAAAAUAAUCGGGCCAAUCAGUGACGGUGUUUCCACUGUUCCCCAGACAACAGGGAAAGGCAGCCCCUGAUUGGUCCAUGUGGAGACAGUGACGUCUAACACAUGCUGCGGGACUUUUCAAAGCCCCAUUCAUUUAGAACGCCGUUAAUUCUGCAGUUGACUUUGCAAAGUCGGCAGAAAUCGUUUAGAUCUGCAGAAGACGUCGGAUAUAAACGAUUUCUGCCGACUUUGCAAAGUCAACUGCAGAAUUAAUGGCGUUCUGAAUAAACGGCGCUUUGAAAAGUCCCGCAGCAUGUGUUAGACGUCACCAUCUACACAUGGACCAAUCAGGGGCUGCCUUUCCCUGUUGUCCGGGGAACAGUGGAAACACAGUCACUAAUUGGCCUGGUUAUUUUCUGAUCGCUAAUACACGCUCCCAAUGGGCUGAAGUCCAGACUGUUGUGGGAAAGAAUGGCAAAUGAUUCACGCAACAGGAUGGCCCAGCCAGGCUAGUAUUCAACACCAUCCAACCCACCAUCCUCAAAGACGAGCUCACAGAGAUGGGAGUGGAUCCUUCCUGUGUUUCCUGAAUCACAGAUUACCUGACAGGAAGGCCACAGUUUGUCAGGCUGGGGAACUGCUCAUUAAUGUGUGACAUUAAUGAGCAGUACAGGGACUCCACAAGGGACAGUGCUGGCGCCAUUCCUGUUUACACUGUAUACGUCAGACUUCAAAUACAGCACUGAGUCCUGCCACAUCCAGAUAUACUCAGAUGACACUGCUGUUGUGGCACGUAUCAGAAAUGAACAAGAAGCUGAAUACAGAGAUCUAAUAAGAGCCUUCAGUGACUGGAGUCACAAAAACUGCCUCCUCCUCAACACCUCAAAGACAAAGAAGAUGGUCAUAGACUUCUGUAGAUCCAAACCAACUCUUCAGUCAGUGAACACCUGUGGAGUGCACAUCACAGUGGUGACAUCAUAUAAAUGCCUAGGUAUACAUCUGGAUAAUAAAUUGGAGUCGUCUAAGAUUAUAGACUUCAUCUACAGAAAGGGGCAGAGCUGCCUCUUUUGCCUGAGAAGAGUCCGAUCAAUAGACAUCUGUAGUAAGAUGCUGCCGAUGUUUAUCAGUCUGUGAUGUCUACAGUGUUCUGUUCGACGCUGAAGUCUGCUGGGAAGGAAGUAUCAAAUACAAAGAUGCAAGACAUCUGAACAAACUGGUGAGAAAGGCUGGCUCUGUGGUAGGACUCAAGCUGGACUCAGUGGUGGAGGAUGUGGUGGAGAGAUCUGCACUGAGGAAGGUGAAGUCUAUGACCAAAGGGCCAAUGGUGGUGGACGGCUCCGCUCUCUUCGCUGCAGGACAGAAAGACUCAGAAGAUCUUUUGUACCAACAGCCAUCAGACAAUGUAACUCUUGAGUAAAUAGUAGAUAACAUUUAGAGACACAUUAUGUGAGACAACAGACAAUUGAAUUGACAAUCUAUGAAUCCCGAAUGACCACCAGAGGCGGUGCUUUAAGCACUGAAUGAUUCCCUUCGCGCAUGCGCAGUUCGAGCAUUUGUACCAAAAUAGUCACGCGUGACCCCGGGUUGAACCGGCAGAGGUUAUUUAUUCCGCCGGUCACCGAGGGUUCAGUCCCUACAGAACUUUCUCGCGAGAACACGAGGGUUCUGAGUGACGGAGUGCUCUGGUGGUCAUUCGGGAUUCAUAGAACCUUAGUUACAUACGUAACUUUAGUUCUAUUUCAUCCCUUCUGACCGCCAGAGGCGGUGCUUUAAGCACUGAAUGACUUAUACCAGCAAAGUCACGAGGAACCCCAAUUACAAACCUCAGAGGGCGGAAUCGGAGGACUCUGGAAGGAGAACCACACCCAAUGGGUGGGGAGUGGCCACGUUCACCCUAUAGAAUCUUGAGAACGUACCUGAUGACGCCCACGAGGCAGCGGAGCAGAUCUCCUCGAGGGGAACUCCCCUAAGGGCAGCCCAUGAAGUGGAGACACUCCUCGUUGAGUGGCACCGUAUCCUGGAUGGCGUGGGAUGGUUACUAGCCUGAUAGGCGUGGCUGAUCGUGUCUACGACCCAGUGGGACAGGCGCUGCUUUGAAAGAGCGCUGCCUUUAUUUGGGCCACCAUAACACACGAAUAGCUGAUCCGACCGGCGAAUACGUGCAGUGGCUCCGAUAUAGGCCCUGAGGGCCCGCACCGGGCACAACAGCUCCAGCUUGUCUGUCCUCUCUCCCGGUGGAGGGCUAAACUGGGCCAGCCUAAUAGGCUGGUUCAGGUGUGCCGUCGACAGUACCUUUGGUAUGAAGGCCGUGUUGGGCCAUAGAGUGACACCUGAUCCGUCUGGGUUCCACCUCAGACACGAAUCGCUCACUGACAGGGCAUGCAACUCACCGACGCGCUUUGCCAAGGUGAUGGCUAUAAGAAAGGCUGUCUUGCAGGACAACCACUUCAAUUCUGUGCGUGACAAGGGUUCAAAAGGAGCCUUGCAUAGGGAGUCCAGUACGAGAUUGAGGUCCCAUGCUGGUGCUCUUGGGGCUCUCGGAGGAUUUAAUCUCUGAGCCCCCCUGAGAAAGAGCGACACCAGACGGUGGCUCCCCACUGUGCAGUUAUUGACCCCAGUGUGCUGGGAGGAUAUUGCUGCCACGUACACUCUUAACGUCGAAGGGGUCCAGCCCUUAUCGAGGAGACCUUGCAGGAACUCCAGGAUUGCGGGCACCGGGCAGUGAACUGGGUCCCUGCCCUGGUCCCUACACCAGUUAGAGAACAGCUGCCACCUGUUCUCGUACUGCAGCCUGGUGGAUGGUGCCCUCGCGUUUAAGAUGGUAUGUUGAACCGUCUCUACACAGCCGCUCAGCAGCGGCCCCCAACAGCCAAACGCACAGCUGGAGGUGUUGUGGGUCUGGAUGCCAUAACCGCCCCCCUAGCUGCGAGAGCAGGUCCGUCCUGGCAGGGAGGCGCCAUGGCAUCCCGUGACAGUGUUGGUGGAGGAGGGGGAACCAUAUUCGCCCUGGCCAGAAAGGGGCCACCAGGAGAACGGUGUGGCCCUCUGGAGCUACUCUCUGAAGGACCUGGUGAAUUAGAGGGAGAGGUGGGAAAGCGUAGAGAAGUGCCCUCGGCCAGGGGUGGGAGAACGCAUCUUGGCCCAGAGGGCUGGUUGUCUCCGCUAAGGAGAACCAGAGCAGGCAGUGGGUUGACGCCUCUGAGGCGAAAAGAUCGACCCCUGCCCUGCCGAAGCGGCUCCAUAUGGUGUGCACCACGUCUGGGUGAAGGCGCCAUUCUCCUGAUGGAGGCUUCUGGCGGGAGAGAAGGUCUGCCACCUGGUUCUGCUCUCCUGGUAUAUGCAUGGCCCACAGGCUCAUCAGGCGAGGGGCUGCCCACGUCAGGAGGUCCCUUGACGCCUGUAGCAGCCGUGCAGAUUUUGUACCGCCCUGAUGGUUUAUGUGAUAAACGGUCGAAGUAUUGUCCAACCGAACAAGAACAUGUUUGCCUGCCAAGUAAGGCAGAAAGUGCCUUAGGGCCAAGUGCACCGCUUUUAAGUCCAGCACAUUGAUGUGGUUGCUGUGGUCUGCCACAGACCACUGUCCCCGAACUGUCCUGCCCUGCCACACUGCGCCCCAGCCCAAGGGGCAGGCGUCCGUGGCAACGGUCUCCCUGCGGGAUGGGACGGCCCCCAUAGGGACACCCCUUACAAUGUAGGCCCUGUCCCUCCAUGUGGCUAGGGCAAGGAGGCACUGCUGUGACACGACAAUCUUCCAGUGCCUGUGUCGCUCUGGGUCUAGGUGGAAACUGUCAGCGUGCCCAAGAGGCGGAGGAAGGUGAGGAGGGGCAGUCACCUGCCUCUCUUGAAGGCUGGCAACAGCCUUAAGAUGCUGUCCACCCGACUGGUGGACGGACGUGCCACCAUCGUUCUGGUGUCUAGGGCCAGACCGAUAAAGGUUACGCUCUGGGACGGUACCAGGCAGCUUUUCUCUGCAUUUACCUUGAGUCCAAGGCUGGCCACAUGGGACAGGAGGUGUGAUGUCUCCCUGGCUGCCUGCGCCUGGGACGGGGCGCAGAUCAGCCAAUCGUCCAGAUAUGGCAGCAUCUUGGUGCCCUGGGACUGCAGAGGUUGGAGUGCAGCUGCCACUACCCUGCUGAACACUCCCGGGGAGAGGGAGAGCCCGAAUGGGAGCACACGGAAUUGCCAGUGGCGGCCUCUGUAGGCAAAUAGCAGGAACCGGUGGUAUUGCCUCGCAAUGGGAACAUGAAAGUAGGCGUCUUUCAGGUCGACAGAUGUGAACCACUCGUUGCGGACAAUGGACUGUAGCACACCCGCUGUAGUCAGCAUAUGAAAAGGCAAGGUCUUUAAGUACCUGUUCAGUCCCCUCAAGUCCAGGAUGGGCCGGAAUCCGCCAGUCUUUUUGGUGACGAGGAAGUAUGUAGAGUAGAACCCCCUGGGAUGCAGCAGCGGGUCCACUGCCUCAAUGGUACCCUUGGCCAGGAGGGUGGAUAGCUCCUGGUCGAGAGCGAGGGCUUUUGCCGGGUCGGCAAUGAUGGUAAUCCUGACCCGGCUGGCUGUGGGGGGCAGGCGUCGGAACUGCAACUUGUACCCGUGGGUUAAGGUGGUAAGAACCCACAGGUCUGAAGCUUGAGCAGCCCAGCGUCUGAGCUGCUGCUGUGUAAAGUAUCCGACGGCCGGCCCCCCGGGCAGUGUCUGCCCCCCCGGCCCCUAGGGGCCCUGGAAGCGGGGUGUCCACCAGGGUCCGGGGCUCGAAACUGCCUAGAAGGCAGGCGGCCGGAGUCCCGAGAGUCCCGGGUCUGCCUCUGCGUAGGCCGCUGAGGACACUGACCCCUACUCUGAGCUACUGGCAGCCGGACUCCAGAGGCAGCUGGGGGGCCCCUGCCCCUGCCAGAGGGAGGCCUGCUGGGGGGUGGCAUGCGGCGCAAACUCAGCAACUGCUGCCUGGUCUGCCCAGCCUGGAUCGUCUGCUCCAGCGCCUCUUGAGCCCUUGGGCCAAAAACCGCUCCUGGCUCGACAGGUUUUCCUGGACGCCUCAGUCAAGCCCGACUGGGAGAGCCAGACCUGGCGCUGAGCCUGUACCAGGUAGGACAUUGUCCUUCCAAGUUCUCGCGGAAUAAGGCCGAAUGCCUCUAGUGCCGCAUCACAGAAGGUGCCAGGUUCCUCGUUAGUGUAGCCCUCCUCCAGAGACGCUGACAGGGCAAGCAGGAGGUGUGACAGGGAGUUCCCGAUCCUAGCAGCACGUGCUGCCGCAUCGUAGCCCCUGAUGAGCAGGUUGUCUGUCAGCCUGCACUGUGGACGGGGACACCUAGUAUCCCGUCGCAGAGCCUCGUUGGGGGAGACAAUAAGGGACGCGAUGCUGGGCUCGAUGGCCGGCAUGUGAUCUAGGCCGACCCCUGCAGUGUCGUGCAUUGCCGCCAGGGUACGACCAUCUGCCGAGAGGCGGGAGCAAGCCUUGGAGUCUCUCCAGCAGGCGUGCAGCUGCAGUUCAUGCAGAGGUCCCCCUCAAGUGCCUCCCUGAGGUGUUCGGGUCCAAGGCAGGCUGGGCAGAGGUCAUGUCCGUCGUCUGGCUGGAGGGAGCGCGAACGCUACCUGCGCCAGCGGAGGCUAGCUUUAGCUGGAUUGAAGGUUGCUUAUACUGGGGGGAGGGAGCGCCUAUACGCUGCCUAUACCAGUACGGAGUUGCAAUUAAGCUGACAGUAAUAAAGUCAACCAAAUAAAUAACCAAAUAAGCAAAUAAAUAAGUAAAUAAAUAAGGCUAUUCAGCAAACAGAAGAGCACUUAAAGUGACCAGGACGCUAACACGACUGGCUUUAAUGGUCAAUGCCAACAAAAUAAUGCUAUUCAGCAAAAGAGCACUCAAAGUGACCAGGGCGCUAACGCAACUGGUUAUAAUGGUCAGUGCCAGAAAAAAAAAAUAAUGCUAUCCAACACAAGAGCACUUAAAGUGACCAGGGCGCUAACGCAACUGGUUAUAAUAAUGACACCAAACAAAUACGAAGCUAUUCAAAAGGGCACUUCUGGUGCCCAGCGCUAGUGGACCAAUAGUCACUGAAAAAACAAAAGACAGCUAUACAACACAAUGGUGAUUUAGUACAGCAAAGGAGAGUGGGGCAGCGUUCUAACCGCUUACACCACUGAGGCCAACUACAACAACGAUAGCGUCGGCUGCGGCCGGAUGGCAACACCACGUACCGGCUUUCUUCUUUUAGAACUAGCUUUGGCCUUGGUUUUUUCUUUUAACAAAAAGAACGAAACGAGCAGAGUUUUAGCUACAGCAAGUAACUGAAGCGUUAUGCUUACAUUCACAGUACUCAACCAUAUGCAGGGGGGAAACGGUGCGUACACGGCCUCUACCAGCAUAGGUUGUGACUUGUAAAACAAUGCAAGUCUGCUAAACAAGCUUAAUGCAACAGCAACCUACCUUGUUCGGAGGAGAGGGGGACGACGACCCUUCCUUACCGGGCGAACGCCACAGCAUUCGACGAAGUUAGUGAAGCUCCGCUCAGUCGGAGAUAAACAGCAGAAAUAAGGAAACAACUCAAAGGAAGUCACAGUCCCUGGAGGGCGAUUUUCACUUCCCUGACCUACGGCCACGGGACUACCAGCGACUUCACACACGGAUUAAAGGUAGGUUUUUUUAGAAAAAUGCCUCUCAUCGCAAGUUUGUGACCUGCGCGCGAGAAAGAAAAAGGGACUGAACCCUCGGUGACCGGCGGAAUAAAUAACCUCUGCCGGUUCAUCCCGGGGUCACGCGUGACUAUUUUGGUACAAAUGCUCGAACUGCGCAUGCGCGAAGGGAAUCAUUCAGUGCUUAAAGCACCGCCUCUGGCGGUCAGAAGGGAUGAAAUAGAACCUCGAAAUUAGAGCAACCAGAAUGAAGUCUUAUGCACUUUUCCAACCAAGAUAAUGUUGAAUUAUUUCAGUUGAAAUAUUUUCCCACAACGCUCAUUAGUUUCACAUUUCAGUGCUGUCUUGGUAUGCUGGUGUUCUCUUAUGUCUCUGUCCUCAACAGUGAAUGAAAUCCUCAGCACAGCAGCCAAAGAACGAACUGAAAGUCUUGCCAGCUCACAGGAGGGCAAGAGCAAUAAAGGUAACAGGCUUUAGGAGGUUUACAUUAAUCCAUGUGGUACUGGAUGUGAAUGAAUACUGGAUUCAGGAGGAUUUCAUUCAUACACAGCAGUGAUUAUGCCAACCUUUAAAAUGCCUAAUUCCCUAUAAUCUUCCUCUCUCUUUUUUCUUAGCUCCAUCAUUCCAGCAGAGAUCUCAGCUGGAUGAGCUGCGCAAGUUUGGCAAAGAGUUUAGGGUAAGGAAAAUGUUGAGCUGAGAGACAGGAACCUCAUCAACAUGAAAAAAAUAUUGCAUAAGGGUCGUAAAUAACUCAAAAAAAUGCCAUAAAAGGUUCACAGAGGCGUCAUGAUGCUAUUUUUUUAGUUCCCAACAAAUAAGGCUCCCAACCUUAUUUGUUCCCAACAAAUAAAGUUUGAAUUACAUUCAAAGGUUUGAUUGUGAGAUUUAAAUGAAGUUGUUCCUAGAAAUUUGAACUCAUGUUUGUAAAGGUUACAUGUUGUCACUGUCUUCCUGUCUGUCUCUCAGCUGCAGCCCAGCUCCUCUCCUUCAGCGAGCCCAGCCUCUACAGAUCCCCCUCAGCACAGUUCCUCAUCACUCACUGAUGCCUCCUCGUCCUCCACACCUGCGACACCUAAACCUCUCAACCCCCUUACCUUUUCUGCUCAAGAUCUGCAGCAGACAACUAGUGCAGCUCCUCCCACCAGCACCACCUCCACAGCUCCUGUCAGCCUACAGUCAUCGGGGCCAAAUGCUCUAGACUCGGGAAUGACACAGUUAGCUCUGGCCCCAAACAGAGAGGAGGCGGCCUCUCCAGAGUGCAGUGAGCAGUCAGAGGCCGGGUCUGCAGCUGCAGCGUAAGUGAAUAUGGAAGAAGCAUGCACAGUGUCAGCGACCCCCUUCUAGGAUCUUGCAUUGGUGGUCAGAUGAAAAGAUGUUUUGUUGUGUAAAGAGGAACAAUCAGUGAAUAUUAGUUAAGUUUCUUGCAGACACUGUCAAAUACAGACCUUUGAAUUGUCUUUCAUUCCCUAUGUUUGAUGAGGAUCAUAGUUUUUAUCUGCUCUCAUUAGGCCUUCAAAUGUCCCUGUUUUUUUCAGGCAAGUGAAAAACUCCACAUUGAAUCCAAAUGCAAAAGAAUUUCUACCCAUUAAAGGAAACUCCACCCUGGUAGGUUUUGAAAAUGGUCACACUUCAUAAUGUUUUAUUGGGGUGAAGAAACCGUCUCUUUGAAUUUCCGUUUGAUUGCUUAAAUCCUGACAGUAUCUGUUUCUCUGUGCUGUGACAGAAGCCGGCAUUGACUCCCACCCCUCCUCGACCAACUCCCCCCAGCCCCUCCUUGGUUCUCCCUUCACCAGGACAGCCAGGAGGUGGUGCCAUCUACAGUAGCCCCCAUGGACACUACCUGUCUUACGUCUCCCCCCUCCACAUUCAAGGACAUUCUAUCCAGGUCUGAUUCCGUCCCUAGUCUAUCUGUGUAGAUUCUUCUCUGCUGUAAUCUUCACAUUUCCUUGUGUUCGCCUUAGAGUCCUCAGAUGUAUCAGUACACCAUGUCCACUGUCAACCAGGGCAAAUACCCCAGACCAAAAGGUUUGUUUGAUUUACUUUUACAAUGAUCUUAUGAUGUUUUUCUCUGUGUUCUUUGUACAUUUCAAAGAGGAGCUGCUGAUUAUAAAUGAAAUUGAAACCCACCCAACAACAAGUUUUUCACUUUGAAGCCACAACAUAAAGGCAUCCAUACAUUGUCAAACUUGCAUUAGAGUAAAAUGGUGUAUAUUGCACAUUAAAUAAUGAAUAUUCUAUAAAGUACAUUGCAUAGUAAAAUAAUGUCCUGCACAACAAGCUGUAGAGCACAGGUGUCAAACUCAAGGCCCAGUACAGGGGCCAAAUCUGGCCCACAAGAUCAUAUCAUAUUUGUAUUAUUAUUGGCCCACCAGUGUGAAGUCUGCAGAUUUCCUACAGUAUAAUAAUGUAAACUUUAGCACCAUUAUUUAAAUGUUCUUAAUAAGCCACGAAAAUCUGGGAAAUUAAAGAGUAAGGAAGAUUUGAUAAAUAGUCAAAAUGUGGGGGGAAAAACAUUUGGUGUUUUAUUUCAUGUUUUCAAUUUUGCAUUUUUUUAAGAGUCAAACAUGAUUGGGUUUUUUAUUUCAUUCUUUUUAUACUUUAGAUUCCAAUUUUAAAUUUUAAGUCAUAUUUUGAGCUUUUAAACCUGAUUUCAAUGUUCUCCUCAUGUAUUUGCUCUUUAAGAGCAUUAUUGUUCUAUUUUUAAAAUCAUGCUCUGAUCUGUUAAACUAAUAAAUAAAAAUAGAAUAAAAAAAAUGAAAAUAAAAUAAAUUUUUGUAUCUCAGAUUGCCUUUAAACUUAUCUUUUUAUCUUUUUUUGAAUUUCCAAAUGAUUUAUUUUCAUAGCUGUUUUUGUUACAUAUUUUUUUUAAAGGAGGUUGACAGUUUUGGUGAAAUGUUGACCCUGUUUGGCCCUCAGGUUAGACCUAAAUCCAGAUUAUGGCCCUUGCUGUGGUUGAGUUUGACACCCCUGCUGUAGCGGGAUCGAAAAGGGGGGAAAUGCAUUGGGCAGUGUGCUGGUUGAUGGUGGGGUGAAGGGGGUGGUGCAGAGUAUACAGUUCACAUGAUCCAUUCAUCCCAGAAUGAACAAAGAAUAUAAACUCUCUUUUAUUGUUGUAGGUCCUGUGGUGGGACAACGUCCAGAGCAUCAUGCAUCCCAAACCUCCUCCAUGAUCUCAGCUGCAGCCUCAGCUGCAGGACCUCCGCUGGUGGCCUCGCCUUAUCCCCAGUCUUACCUGCAGUACGGUCAGGUGAUCCAGGCCAUGCCUCCACACUACCAUGGACAGGUACCAAGGAAGCAAAGCAAUAGUCCUUCAGAGCCCUUGUGACCUUGAGCCACUAAGUUUCAGCAUCAUGUGUCACAGUGUGAUAUGAGACCAUGAUUUUCUAAAAUUAGGUUUUACAUACAUACGUGACCUUUUUCGGUGUUGAACUGAGAAGAAUAAAAUGUUUUAGACCUUAAGCUGUUCAUAAUAAUAAAAUAUGUUCCAGGCAGUUAUCAAAGCAGGUUAACCCUAACCAAUGUCCAACUCUGGACUUUGUUUUUUUUAUUACACACACACAUAUAUAUAUAUAUAUAUACACUGUGUGCACAAUUAUUAGGCAAGUGAGUAUUUUGAUCAUAUCAUUUUUAUGCAUAUUUUCCAACUCCAAGCUAUAUAAACUUGAAUGUUUAUUGGAUAUAAGCAUAUCAGGUAAUGUGUAUUAGUGUAAUGAGGGAGGCUGGGGCCUAAGGAGAUCAAAACCCUAUAUCAAGGUGUGCAUAAUUAUUAGGCAGCUUCUUUUCCUCAGGUAAAAUGGGCCAAAAAAGAGAUUUAAAUGACUCUGAAAAGUCAAAAAUUGUAAAAAGUCUUUCAGAGGGAUGCAGCACUCUUGAAAUUGCUUAGAUAUUUGGGUGUGAUCACAGAACCAGCAAACAUUUUGAUGCAAAUAGUCAACAGGGUCGCAAGAAAUGUGUUAAGAAAAAAAGACGCAAAUUAACUGCCAAAGAUUUGAGAAGACUCAAACGUAAAGCUACCAGGAACCGCUUAUCCUCCGGUGCUGUCAUAUUCCAGAACUGCAACCUACCUGGAGAGCCCAGAAGUACAAGAUGAUCAGUGCUCAGAGACAUGGCCAAAGUCAGGAAGGCUGAAACCCAACCACCACUGAACAAGACACAAGUUGAAACGUCAAGACUGGGCCAAGAAAUAUCUGAAGAGAGAUUUUUCAAAGGUUUUAUGGACUGAUGGGAUGAGAGUGACUCUUGACAGACCAGAUGGAUGGACCCGUGGCUGGAUCAGUAAUGGGCACAGAGCUCCACUUCGAAUCAGACACCAGCAAGGUGGAGGCGGGGUACUGGUAUGGGCUGGUAUUAUUAAAGAUGAGCUAGCUGGACCUUUUUGAGUUGAAGAUGGACUUAAAAUCAACUCCCAAACCUAGUGCCAGUUUUUAGAAGACACUUUCUUCAAGCAGUGGUACAGGCAAAAGUCUGCAUCUUUCAAGAAAACCAUGAUUUUAAUGCAGGACAAUGCUCCAUUGCAACAAAGUACUCCACUAUGUGGCUUGCCAGUAAAGGCCUUAAAAACGAAAGAAUGAUGACAUGGCCUCCUUCUUUACCUGACCUAAACCCUGUUGAGAACUUGUGGGCCCUUCUUAUACGGGAAAUUUACAGUGAAGGAAGACAGUACACCUCUCUGAACAGUGUCUGGGAGGCUUUGGUUGCUGCAACACAAAAAGUUGAUCGUCAACAGAUCAAGAAACUGAAAGACUCCAUGAAUGGAAGACUUAUGACUGUUAUUGAAAAGAAGGGUAGUUACAUUGGUCACUGAUUUUUUUUUUUAAAUUUCAACAAAUUUUAUUUGUAAAUUGAGUUGUUUUUUUAUCAUUCUCACUUGAACAAGUGAAAAUAAACAAGUGAGAUGGAAAAUUUUUCAUUUUUAAUUUAGUUGCAUAAUAAUUCUGCACACUAAUAGCUGCCCCCAAUAAUUGUGCACACAUAGAUAUUCUCCUAAGGAAGCCAAAAUCUCACUUUUACUCCCUUAAAUAUUAAGGUUUGAGGUUUAUUAACAUUUUGGAUUGACCGAGAGCAUUGUAGUUGUUCAAAAAUAAAAUGUAUCCUCAAAAAUACAACUUGCCUAAUAAUUGUGCACACAGUGUGUAUAUAUAUAUAUAUACACAUACACACACGUAUAUAUAUAUAUAUAUAUAUAUAUAUAUGUAUAUACAGAUGAGGCCAAAAUUAUUAGCCCCCCUCUGAAAUUUUCAGUUUUUCUCCAAAAUUUCUGAAGUGCUGUUAAACAGAUUAAUGAUUUUUUUACACAGCUUUUCCAAACAUCCUAGUUUUAUUUUGGAUCCUUACAUUAUUUUACUUUUCACACAGAAACAAAAUUAUUUCACAAAAACCAAAAACUGCCAGGUUUAAAAAUAUUAGCCCCCCUGAGGCUGAUAGUCAAUAGGAGGUUUUCAGUCACAUGAUCCUGACUUCACGCAAGGACCAAAUGGAGGGCAGGAAGCGACCGACUGCAAUGGAGGAGAUGCACCAGUUUAGAUGCGUGCCGGUAUUUAGUCUUAGAUGGAGUUUACCACCCGCUUUGGGCUGCAUUCCCAAACAACCAAAAGACCAGACCCUGGCGCGACGGGGGCCGCUACCGGCCUCACACCGUCCACGGGAUGCGGCGCUGGGCUCUUCCCUCUUCGCUACUGAGAGAAUCCUGGUUAGUUUCUUUUCCUCCGCUUUGUAAUAUGCUUGAGGACUGGAUUUGAGAACCACUGCCGUAGGCGGCGAUUAAAAAGCCAUUUUUUCCGGCUUUUUUCAGUCAGCUUCUUACAUCUUUCCCCUUUGUGUAACACUAUUUUGGGCACACGAUAAAAGCUUUUGUUUUUUUCCCUGUUCGAUUGAUUCGAGCAGCCGUAAACGGAGCAAAACAUCAGCAUGUUGCUGGACUCUAUAGCAGCAACUCACUUCCUGCCCUCCAUCUGUAUUGCGCGCAUGCCGCAUAACACGGAAGUGACUUCAAGUGAAAACCUCCUAUUGUGGGUCCUUUUUGCUGGAUAACAGCAAGCAGUAGGUUGCUGUAGUUUGUAACAAGGCUCUGGCACAUCUCCUGAGAAAUCCCAGCCCAUUCCUCUUUUUGCAAAUCUUUCAAGCUCCUCCAGAUUUUAAGGUCUACUAGCAUGGACCCUGGUCUUGAGUGCAGCCCACAAACUUUCAAUGGGCUUUAAGUCAGGGCUUUGUGCAGGCCAGUCAAUAACGUUCACUUGGGUUUCCUGGAGGCAGCUCCUCACCAGGGGCCUCAUGUAUCAACGCUGGCGGCGCCAGAAAACCUUGCGUCCGCCAAGAUGGGCGCACACGUCCAGAUUUAUCAUCGCGACACGAGCGUCAAUUCCAGCGCUAAUCAACGCAAAGUGAGGAGGUGGUGUAGAAGUUGGCGUUGAGCCGAUACUUGCGUUGACGGCACUUUGGCGACGCUGUGUGGCGGUGUUUGGUGACUCACUAUGUGACAAGCGUGCACCACAUCCCCGUGGCCGAGCAGCACGUCGCCCCACAUGACAAACCAGCAGCAGACGGAGGGAUGCGAGCUGAUCCCUGCCGGGCCGCCGUCCUCGCGCGGGAGAAUCUCAUCGCCACAGUGUGAAUGGGUAAGAAGUGAAUACACGGUUCAAUGAGCCAAAUUAAUUUAUUUUCGCCACCCGACGCUCGAGGACAUUUAUGAGCCGGUCCAGCCGCUCGUUGAUCCCUGCGAUCCCCCUGAUGAUUUCUUCCUGCGAUUGCAGGACCGCCUCCGUGAGGACCCUUCCACUGCGUCCGGAUGGUCCAGCGGAAGCGCCGCGGCUGGUGGACGCUCCAACGCACUGGUGCUGAUUCUGGUGCUGGGGCCGGGGGCCGGGGGCCGGGGUGGCCCGAAUGCCGCUGGUCCUGGCCGAUGACUCCGAGCCGGCGGACGGGCUGCCGCGGGCCGGGGUUCCGCAAGCCGGCGACACGGCCGACACAUUGAUUUCUGUGACACAAUAAAAAUAUUGGUUCAUUUCAGUUCCUGCUUCUGUGUAUCUGUUGCGUUUACAUCUCUCUCCACGGUAUCAUAGGUAAUGUAAUCCAGUAUUUAGAGGUCAGUUAUGCACAUUACAGUUGUUUAUUGCAUAAAAAGUUAUAGAAAAAUGAAGUUAAGGGCGAAGUAUAAAUCACGUCUAAAAAUAGACUGAAUCCCCACGUUGAAAUGAAGUAUAAACUUUGACUAGAUGUCUAAUAUACGUCUUUUGCUCAGUGGGAUGGCAAAGCAUGUGGACAUUUGUGUGACACGCCACUUACCCUAUAAUAAUAAUCGCCACCACCCGCUGCUCAAACGGCGUGAGGGUCUCCUCCCCCGGAACCCCACCUGUCUGGCCGGUACUCCUCCAGAGGGCAGCUGUACGCCGCUUUACCUCCACCUUGAGGUCCGACCACUUUUUUUUAAUCUCUGCGGGGGUGCGUGUCUCGGAACCCACCGCGUUCACCCUCUCGCAAACUUUCUCACACUCCAAGCUUUUCGUUUUGCACUGAUGCCACUGGACAGGCUGCCAAACAAAACACACUGUCACUCCUCCACCUCCGCCACCAGCACCUCCACCUCGCACGCCGUAAAUUUAGUUUUUCUUGUCAUUUUGUCUGCGUGUGAGGACAGGGAGACCCUAUUUAAAUAAAUCUGCAUAUGCAUAGGAGGGCGGGCCCGGUCACUCCGACAUCUGCGCUCAAUUCCAAGCUGAUUGGGAUUUAUCAAGGAAACACACGUGGCUUUCGGCGCCCGCACACCUUGAUACAUACCGAUUUUUUUCAGCGUGACGGAACUUUCGUGCGCUCGUUUCUGGUAUGAGUCCCACGCAAGUGUUGAUACAUGAGGCCCCAGGAGUGCUGCAUGUUUUGGGUCGUUGUCAUGUUGGAAGACAAAGCGACGACCCAGACCCAGACCCAGACCCAGACCCAGACUCCUUGAGGUUUUCUUUCAAAAUCUUCACUUAUCCUUCUUUCUUCAUUAUUCCUUCAACCUUGAAAUGAUUCCCAGUUCCAGAUGCACCAAAACAUCCCCACAACAUGAUGCAUUGACCACCGUGUUUAACUGUGGGGACAUUGUUCUUGGGGUUAUACACCUCUCCCUUCUUUCUCCAAACAUAAGCAUAUAUAUAUAUAUAUAUACACAUAUACAUAUAUGUAUAUACAUAUAUAUGUAUAUACAUAUAUACAUACAUAUAUAUACAUAUACAUGUAUAGAUACAUAUAUAUAUACAUUUACAUACAUACAUAUAUACAUAUACAUACAUAUAUACAUACAUAUAUAUGUACAUUAACAUACAUAUAUACAUUUACAUACAUAUACUUAUAUAUUUAUAUAUGUAUAUAUUUAUGUAUAUGUGUAUAUAUGUAUGUAUAUAUUUAUGUAUAUGUGUAUAUAUGUAUGUAUAUUUAUAUAUGUGUAUGUGUAUAUAUGUAUAUGUGUAUAUGUGUAUAUAUAUGUAUAUGUAUAUUUCUUAAAUUUCAAUGAGAAAAAAACAGAAGUGAUCGUCUUUGGUCCCAGUGGCCCUUGUGAAACCCCUACUUGGGUAUUUUAGCAGAUUAUUUAAAGCCAAAUGUCUCAAAUUUGGGUUUUAAGAUGGACAGUGAUUUUAAAUUUGUCAGGCAAAUUAGCUCGGUAGUGAAAUCCAGUUUUUAUCAUAUUAGGCAGCUGGCGAAGGCAAAGCCUUUUCUGUCACGUACGCACUUUGAAACAGUAAUCCAUGCCUUUGUUACAUCUCGGCCGGAUUACUGUAACGCACUUUGGAGUCAGCCAGUCCUCCCUCUCACGUCUCCAGUUAGUUCAAAACGCAGCCGCCCGGCUCUUAAAUGGAGUACGUAAGAGGGAGCUCAUUACUCCCAUCCUGGCCUCCCUCCACUGGUUGCCUGUGCAUUUUAGAGUUCAUUUUAAGAUUCUUUUAUUUGUUUUUAAAUCUUUAAAUGGUCUGGCUCCAUCUUACCUCUCUGAGCUUCUCCACCCCUACACCCCAGCUCGGUGCCUCAGGUCAGCUGAUCAGCUGCUCCUGGAGGUACCGAGGUCCAAGCGGAAGCUCAGAGGGGAUAGAUCUUUUUCUGUUGCAGCCCCAAAUUUAUGGAACGAGCUACCCCUCCAAAUUAGACAAGCCCCCACACUGUCCAUUUUUAAAAGUCGUCUGAAAACCCAUUUUUAUUCAUUGGCCUUUAACCCUGCAUGAGACUCGGCUCCUGUUUUAGUGUUUUAUGGUUUGUUUUUAGUUAUUUGUUUCUAUGUUUUUAAAUUAGUUUUUAAAAACAUUGAAACUGUAUUUUACUUUUAAUUCUGCUUUUAUUUUAUCCAUUGUUUUAAUUGUUUUUUAUCUUGUUGUUUUGUCUAGUUAUGUACAGCACUUUGUUCAGCUGUGGUUGUUUUAAAGUGCUUAACAAAUAAAGUUGAGUUGAGUUGAGUAUACAUAUAUAUAUAUAUAUAUAUAUAUAUAUAUAUAUAUGUGUGUGUGUGUGUGUAUAUGUAUAUAUAUGUGUGUGUGUGUGUGUAUAUGUAUAUAUAUUUAUAUGUGUGUGUGUCUAUGUAUAUAUAUGUAUAGUUUUAUAUAUAUAUAUAUAUACAUAUAUAUAUAUAUAUAUGUAUAUAUAUAAAUAAGUACUUUAUUUCAGUUUUUUAACUUCUUUUUUGACACUUUUGAAAACUUUCCCAUCUCCCUCUUUCCAGCCUGUUUACUCCAUGCUGCAGGGAGGUGCUAGGAUGCUGACUUCUGGGGCACCUCCUCAGCCAAUAGGCCCCCCUGGCCCCCAGUACCCUGGCCAGGCAGAGGGCCAACCGAGGCCACAACAGCCUUUGUAUGGUAGGUAGAGUCAAAAGAGAUGAAAAACAUUCUUUUUUCUUUGUUUUGUAUCUACAGAAAUCUAGCAUGGAGAAGCCUUUGAAACUCAAGAUAAUAUUCACAUAGCAUUUGGAUUGUAGAGACCAAGAGACCAUAAGUUCUGAAAUGUUGUCCCAACAAAGGAGUAAGAGAACAUGCUCUUGUGAUCAUUCUUUAAGCAGGAAUCUGAAUUUCAUCUCAGUUGUAAUCUGCUUUAGAGAAAAGUUUUUACCAUGAAGCGUCUUAGCAAGAUACAUCAUGAGCAUUGGAUGAUAGGCAUUUGUGCAUGCUUGUCCAGAGUAUUUGAUGUAGCAUUUCAAAUAUAUCUGAAAUAAAUUAUUCACACUUUAGAAAAAAAAAAACAAACAACAACAAAAAACAGUCAGUGAAAUAAGAUCUGAUAUUCAAUCACUUUAUGUUUGAAAUGAGAUCUUUAUCCUCAGUGGGAAUAAAGUUGAGGGUUAUUCAAAGCAAAAUGUUUGAGGGACCUUAGUGGGACCUAUGAAGUGGUGAUUUCUGCUUCAAGUAUUACUUACCAAGUACAAAGAACUUUCAUUCACACAUAUAAUAACAUUUAUAUGUGUGAAUGCAUGUGUGUUUCUGCUAUUCAGGCAUGGCACAAAGGAAUUUUUGUUGCACCUUGUGUAAUGACAAUAAAGACUUUUCUAUUCUAUUCUAUUCUAUUCUAAAAUGUUCAUUAAAUAAACAAGUGGGCACAGUAUUUAGCCUUGUAGGAUUCCCUCUGUGAAGAGUAAGGCCAUAAAUUCAUUUAAGACUAACAUGGUCAUGACAGAAGUCCAUCAUAACAAAAAGUGUUGCCCAUUAGGUACAUUUCAUUAACAUAUCAGCACAAACACUGUAAGGACACUAUCACAGCAGAAGACCAACUCCAAAGACAGUCUAAAACCACAGAAGUCUCCUCCUAUUUAUACGGUUCUGGCUGUGAGUCUCAUCAUCAUAUGCUUUUUCCUUAGUUAAAUGCACAAAAUGCAGACAAGGUUAUCAACAACAAAAUCACACCAUUUCUGGGUGGUGGAAAUGUAAAAAUCUGUUUCAGAGGGUGUGUAGGUGACUGGGGUGGAGCUGGAGCUUAUAGACCUUUUGGAGUGGAAAGAAUGAGUGUCAGAGAGACAGCAGACUCUAUUCCAAGGACUUUUUUUGUGUAAUUGUUGUGCUUUUGCUUGUCAAGUGGUGUUUCUCUAUAUUUUUACACUUAAGAAAAAGCAUAAAACAUAAUUGGUCAAUUUUGUGUCUUUCCAUGAAAAUAAUUAUACUUAAAUAACUGAAUCACCUCAUCAUCUUUAAAGAGAAUGUAAUGAAUCAAAUUAAAGAAGGCGACCUCUGAGACAAUUGAUUUUCGUACAUAGACAUCAGACAACAACUCAUUCUGGACAGAAAAGAGGGAAAAGGAUGGGAGUGGUAAAUAAAGCAGUGGACUCUGCUUCCUUUUAGGAGUCCGUCCUGGGGAAAGAUUGAGUCCACCUGUGCUCAUUACUUCAGUCAGCAGCAGCACAGGUGGAUGGGUGUUUGCUCCAAGCUCAGUGGGUGUGGCAGGAAAGAAUGAUUCCAACAGUGAAAUUGUCGCUCAAGAAGUGGAGUACAAUAUAAAGCAUGUGCCAUAUGUUCGGUGUAAUAUUUCCUGUCACAAUCUGCCUGUCUUUCCCUCUCUGUCUCUCUCUUUCACUCUCAGCUCAGCCAUUCUCUCACCACUCGGGCUCCAUCCAUCCUCAACCUUCAACCACCCCGACUGGGAAUCAGCACCCACCCCAGCACACAGCACCCAGUCCAGGGCACUCUCAGGUAGGGGUUGGCAGUCAUUUAUUGAGUGGGAUUGUGAAGCAUUCCCACAAUAUGUUAUUCAUAUCUUUAUUUUUAUUAUUAUUGAGUGGGAUUGCGAAGCAUUCCCACUAUAUGUUAUUCAUAUCUUUAUUAUUGAGUGGGAUUGGGAAGCAUUUCCACUAUAUGUUAUUCAUAUCUUUAUUUUUAUUAUUCCGCCUUUUUUUGGCCCUUAACUACUUCCACAUGCUUCAACAUAUUCAAACCAUUCAAACUUCAAAAUAUUCAUCUCAUUGAGGACAUUCAGGGGUGUAUUCAAAAUUUUCCUAACAUUCAUAAUUUCCGAGAUAUUCACGGUUUUCUGACCGAUUUCUCCCAUUAGAAAUGCAUUACAGAAUGUUCAAAUUGGCCCUAUUCGCACAUUUUCUUCACAGUACUUCAAAAGCCUUCAACUCCCCUAUACUUCCACAUAGAAACUUCAUUCAAACUUUAAAACAUUCACACACCUUCAGACAUUUACUCAUUUAUUCACCAUCUUCAUGGCAUUCAUACUUUUCUCACAGUGACAGUUCAAACAGUCACAAGAUUUUCUGACCUCUUCAGGUUUUAACAUUAGUGUGUAUUGCAUGGAAUAAUAAUAAUAAUAAUAAUAACUUUAUUUAUAUAGCACCUUUAAAAACAGAAGUUUACAAAGUGCUUUGACAACAGUUGCAAGCACAGAACAUCAGCACAUGAAAAUAAAAACAAAAGCUCAGUUAAAAACAAAGCCUCUGAAUUGAAUGCCAGCUUCAUUUUUCAUAAGAAACCCAGGCAAUACAAGAACCCUACAACAUAAAAUGGGACCAUGAGGACCAGAAUAAAAACAUAAAAUAGGUAAGAAGAAGAAAUGAAAUAGAAAAGGGGGGCAGAAAGCAGGAAACAGGAUAGUAAAUAUAAAAGAGGAUAUUAAUAAUGAUAAUACAAUCAUAAUAAAAUAAUAAUAAUAGUAAUAUAAAUGGAAUAAUAAUAAAAAAAAAAAACACAAAAACCAUUAAAAUCCAUUAAGGACCUAAGAGGUAAAAUAAGAAAAGAUUAUAUGUAAAACAAAAGCUAGAGGAUAGCAAGUCGAAAUAAGAUAGUGGCAAAAGAGAUAAAAGAAAAAGGAGAAAAAAGGUAAAAGACGGCAUCACAUAAAAGCAAGUCUGUAAAAGUGAGUUUUUAAAUUUGACUUAAAAGAAGCGACUGUCUCUGCAUGCCUUAUCUCCUCUGGCAGGUCGUUCCAAAGGCGAGGAGCUCUGAUGGAGAAAGCUUUACCACCUUUAGUUUUGAGCCUCGACUUUGGAACGACUAGGAGGCCUUCGCCAGAGGAUCUGAGGCUGCGAGUUGGCUCAUAAGUUAUUAAAAGCUCUGAAAUGUAGUUCGGAGUAAGUCCUUUAAGCGCUUUAAAAGUAAUCAAUAAGAUCUUAAAAUCAAUUCUAAAACUGACAGGAAGCCAGUGAAGGGAGGCUAAAAUUAGAGUGAUGUGAUGCCGUCUGCUAAAACCAGUUAAAAGCCUAGCUGCUGCAUUCUGAACUAGUUGGAGGCGAGAGAGCGAUUUCUUGUUUAAACCAGGGGGGAGAGAGUUACAAUAGUCCAGUCUUGAGAAAAUGAAGGUGUGGAUUAUCCUUUCGAGAUCUGGUGGGGUGAGUAUCUGUUUAAUCUUUGCAAUAGAACGAAGGUGAAGGAAACAGGAUUGAACAAUCUUGUUGAUGUGGAUGGAGAAGGUGAGGUCUGAAUCGAAGGUUACUCCCAGAUUUCUGGCUGUUGGUUUGAUGAUUACUGAAUGUUGACCGAGACAAGACUGUAUGGGGGAGAGUUUUGUAUGUUACAGAGAAUUAUUUCUGAUUUUGAAUAAUUUAGCUGAAGGAAAUUUUGUGCCAUCCAACAGUUAAUGUCACGUAGACAGUCCAUGACAGCAGCUAGGCCUCUUGGGUCCUCAGGUCUCAAAGGAAGGUAUAUCUGUGUGUCGUCUGCAUAGCAGUGAAAGGAGAAUUUGUGACGCUGAAUUAAUUGGCCGAGGGGCAGCAUGUAGAUAGAAAAUAAAAUUGGACCUAAAACUGAACCUUACGGUACACCACAGGCGAUAGCAGAAGUAGAGGAGGUGUGAUUGCCUAUGGUGACCGCAAAGGUUCGUUCUAAAAGAUACGACUGAAACCAGCCAAGUGCAGUGCCCCUGAUACCCACCCAGUUUUUAAGAUGUUCAAUUAAAAUAGCAUGAUCAACUGUAUCAAAAGCUGCACUGAGAUCUAAAAGAAUUAAAAUUGAGCCCUCCCCUCUAUCUGCUGCUAAAAGAAGGUCAUUGGUCACACAGAGGAGGGCAGUCUCAGUGCUGUGACCUGCUCUAAAACCAGACUGAAAUUUCUCAAAGAGGUUGUUUUCAGACGUAAAACCUAAAAGCUGUUUAGAAACUACCUUCUCUAAAAGUUUGGAUAAAAAUGGAAGUUUUGAAAUUGGUCUAAAAUUGUUAAAAUCAGAGGGGUCAAGGUUUGGCUUCUUUAAAAGGGGUUGGACCACAGCACGUUUAAAAGCAGAGGGAAAUACUCCCUCAACUAGAGAGCUAUUAAUGAUGGAUAAAAUGCUGGGCCCAACCACGUUAAAAACCUCUUUGAGAAAUCUGGUGGGGAUAGAAUCAAGACUGCACGUAGCUGUUUUCAUUUUGGCUAAAAUAUCAGAUAAAAAUUGUAAGGACACCGGCCCAAAACUACUAAAAUAGUGCUUAACUUCCCAACUUAAGAGUACAGGGAGACUGGGAGGGGUGAUAUGAUGCCUGAUGUCUAUAACCUUGUUAAUAAAAUUAAUUAAAAACGUCUCGCAGGUGUCUUGAGAAGCAUCAGUAAAAUAAGAGGGGGAAGGAUUGGAAAGAGACUCUAAAACCUUAAAUAAAAUUCUGGGCUUUGAAUAAUUAGCUAAAAUCAAAUUUGAGUAAAAUGCUGCCCUUGCAUCCUUAACUGCCUUCUGGUAGUUUUUCAUGGAGUCUCUCCCAAAUUUCGAGGAAAACCACUAACCCAGUUUUCUUCCAUUUGCAUUAAUUUCUUCUACAUAUUCUCUAAAGUUCAUGGGUGGUCUCUGUGAGCCAGGGUUGGGGUUCUUUGUUAGAUCUUUUCUUUUUCAGAGGAGCUACAGAGUCCAGGAUGGUUCCACACAUAGCGUUAAAAAGAGAGACGUGCUCUUCAGUGUUAAAAACUGGAUUAAAAUCAGGGUUGAGGGCAGUUAAAGAUGCAGGGAUAAAAAGCUCUGAAAACUUGCUAGCAGACGAUGCAUUAAAAACCCUUCUAAAAACAGGAGUGUGAUCAGUAAAAGAAGGCUGGGAUAAAACCAUGGAGAAUAAAACCAGUUUGUGAUCUGACACACAGAUAUCCUUAGUUAAAAACUCCCCAGGACUAAGUCCACUAAAUAAAGCCAAAUCUAAGCAAUGUCCCUUUACAUGAGUUGGUUCCUGUAUUGCCUGGGUAAGAUUAAAGGAGUCCAGAGUUUAAAUAAAAUCAACAGUUAAGGGUUGUGAGGGACAGCAGACAUGUACAUUAAAAUCACCCAAAAUAAGAAUUUUGUCAUAUUUACAAAUAAAAAGGGAUAGAAACUCUGAAAACUCGUUUGGGUGGUCGAUAAAUGAUUAUGAUUGAAACAAGAUCUUUCAAUUUAACAAUAAAAGCAAGGUGCUCAAAUGAACUAAAAGUGCUGAAGUUGAUAGGGAUGCAUUUAAAAUCCUUCUUGUAUUUGACAGCCACCCCCCCUCCCCGGCCUGACUGCCGGGGCUGAUGGAGGUGAGUAAAAUCAGGGGGGGUGGCUUCCAUAAGAGAAAUACAAUUGUCCGGAGUCAGCCAAGUUUCAGUCAGAAUAAAAAAGUCCAGGCUGUUUUGUGAAAUAAAAUCAUGGCAUAAAAAUGUUUUGUUGUUGAGGGAUCUGAUGUUUAAAAGUCCAAAGUUUGCAGGUUUGCUGUUAAAAGCAGGGCGGGGUAGCCGAGGAAGCAGGGGGAUGUGGAUGAGAUUGGUGGGGGGACAAAAUCUGGCAGGAGGACGGGGAGGACGUGAGGAUGUGAUGUAUACUGGAAUCACAGAUUUACUGAUAGUACUAAUGGGGGGGCAGAGGAAGGUGGGGGUUGGCAGGUGAAUGAGCGGGGAUUGUGGGACUGUUUUGAGAUGACCAGAGGUUAUUGUGAGGAGGAGGGGGAGUGGCCUGAGUGUGGAAAGAGGGGCUGCUGAGUGCAGACUGUCAGACUGGUGAGGAGUGGAUCAUGUACUGGAUGUUGUAAGAGAGCAUUCGGCUAUCCCGCCUGUUGUGUUGGAUCCCAUCAUGAUUGAAAAGUGAUGCUCGGUCCCAAAACAGAUUAAAAUUGUCAAUAAAACUGAAGUUGUGGGUGGGGCAUGUGGAUUGGAGCCAGGUAUGGAGGCUGAGGAUCCUGCUAAAAUGUUCUGCUCCACGACCGAGAGUGGGGAUCGGGCCAGAGAUAAAAAAAAACGUCCUUUAAAACGUUAAAAAGCAGGUUAAAAUCCCUCUUUGUGAUUUCGGACUGCUUAAGGGACGUGUCGUUUCAGCCAACAUAGAGCACAAUCUUAGUGAUAGAGGAGGGGAGAUUAAGAAAUUUGACCAGGAUGACAGGUACUGUGGCGCCGGGAAAACAGUGAGUUAUGGCAUUAAAAAAUCUGAUGUACCUGGUUUUGGAGUCUCCGAUGAUGAGGGUGGUCGGGGUGAAAAGGGGACGAGGAGCUGAUGUGCACGCGCAGCCAUCAGAUGUUGGGCGCUCCACCUGUGCAGGGGACGGCGAUUGUUGGCAGUAAGCGGACGCAGGUGGAGUGAGGGUGUUGCCGGCCCGGGGGAGCCUCUCCGAGCGCCGGAAGACGGCCUCCUCCAGCAGCCUGCGGCGCAGUAUCCCUGUCGAGGAGGGCCGCGGUGCCUGGUCCGUGUUCGACAUCCGCGGCCACCUCUGCUGGAGCCAAAGCCAAAGCAGCGUCUGGGUCAGCGGGAGCCUCAUCCCUCAGGGCAAAGAAGCAGUUGGAGAGGGAGAGCCGUGGUGGUGAAGGGACUCUCUCCGCAAUGUUGGCAGCUAGAGUGGGUGACCUCAUUGCUAGAGUGAGACAGGCUGAAAAUUUAUCCUCAAAACUUUGUCUUCACAAAAGGAUUGUGGCAACUCGCUUCACUCUACAUGGAUAAUAUUUGGUACAGUGAUGGCAAAACUUGCUGUCACUCGUCAUCUCAAAAAUCAAAGCCGUAGGACACACACAGUGGCCUGGGCAGACACCAACUGCCACAGACAUCCCCCAAAUUUCUCCAGCUUUCUCCAUUGACUCCAAUAUAAACGUGAGAGGAGGAUUUUGAGAGGAAACACAAACUUGACAUGUUUUUAACUUGUCCUAGUGAAGGCAUUUUUGGCUCCACAAACACGGGAGUUGUAUCAAUGUGUUCAGCCGGGCCUUGUGGUUCUCACAAGCUCAUUAUCAUGAUGAUAGCAGUUACAGAGCAAGAGCAUUAGGGGGUUGUUUGGGCAUUGCUCUCUCCGCUUCAAGGCCCCUUUCUCCUGCUGUAGUGAUGCAUCUACCUUCACCAUGGCAACCAAUUAGAGCACCUGGAGACACACAGCUGGCUGGAAAGCUGCUUCUAACGUCCUUAUGAGACACAUGAAGCCAGGCUUAGCACACAGAGCGCUGGGGAUUACAUUUAUAACCCUUUACUAGACAAACUUUGUCAUCUAUCUCGUCCCACAAACUUUGAGCUUCAGAAACCAUCCAUGGCUUAAGAAAUUCAUUUCAUUGAGGACAUUAUGGGAUGCAUUCAGGAUUUUUUUUUUUAUCAAAUUGUUUUUCCACACUAGAUUCAAUUUUAAUAUUUAUGCAUUAUUUAAUUCUUCAAACAAAUCAAAUAUUAUUCAAACUGAUUUGAACCUUUCUGAUACUUCUAAUACUACGGAUGUAUUUUUCACUUUUCUACCCCUUAUACUUUUUGAUGUUUUUUACUUUUUGUUCAAAAUUUUUCCCAUUGAAAUGAAUAGGAAAAAUCCUCAAAUUCUACCUUUUAGACUUCCACUUUCUCAGCCUUAUAACUUCAGCAUACUUUCACCUACAGACCUCAUUUUUGCUUUAAAAUGUUCACAAUCUUCUCCUCUAAAUAUGUUGUAUGGACUUUUUUGUGCUAUCUAGCUUUAGGCACCUCAUGGUUUUCAGCAAAUUUUCAGGCUUUAUAAGGGGUUAUAAUGGGCUAGAGUGUUUGAUUACAUCGCUAGAGUGCAGAGGUCCUCUUGGAUCGACAGAACCUCGCUCAAAUAUAUCGCUCCCACGCCCACAAAUGUCACUCCACAGCCAUAAAAAAUACAUCAAAAUGGAGGUAUAUGUGUCCUGCUUCUCACAAAAGAGGUUUCAAAUCAUUAAAUCAUACCCCUUGGCCAGCAGGUGACCAACUGUCCAAAUAGGCGGAAAUCUCUCCCAUUAACCCUAAUGUAUUUUUUCUCCAAGAAAAUCCUUAUAAUCACUCAGGCUCAGACUUUUUUAACUCGCUGAUUUAAGGAAAUCGUGCUAUGUGAAGAAGUUCAGAGGCCCUAAAUUCACUGCAGUUAGGCAGCUUCUCAUUCAAACAGUAGGUCAGUUAAUGCCUUUGAUGUCUGACACCUGUUAAGAUGCAUUAAUUAACACACACACACACACACACACACACACACAUUCUUGUACUUGCAGCUUUGUGAGGUCUAUGAGAAAAGCGAGGACCACCAGUUCUGUUUAACUUAGAAACAUAAAAAAUAUAAUUCAGGAAACUGGGGGGCACCCUUGACCUAUACACUCACUGAGUUUACAUAUAUAAGCAAGUUUCACAAAAAAAGUUUUUAGCUGACAGAGCGAGGUGAAGAAGAGCUUCUCAUUCAAACAGUAGGUCAGUUAAUGCCUUUGAUCUCACAGCUGUUUAGGGUAAAAUCAUUAACGAGACACACACACACACAGUCUGACAAUGGGUGCGUGCGUGCGUGUGUGUGUGUGUCACAGCCUAUGGCAACCAAUUAGCGCACCUGGAGACACACAGCUGACUGAAAAGCUGCUUCUAAUGGCCAUAUUAGAUACAUGAAGCCAGGCUCAGUACACAGAGCACUGAGGGUUACAUUUAAAACCCUUCACCAGAGCACUUGACGAACUUAGGCCCCUGUCUCCUACCGCAAACUUUGACCUACAGAAACCAUCAGGGCUCCAAAAAUUCAGGUCAUUGAGGACAUUAUGAGGUGUAUUUAAGAGUUUGUCAAUUUAUUGUAUCAAUAUGUUCAGCAGAGUCGUGGGGUUCUCACAAGUUUCUUAUCAUGAAUGUAGCCAUUACAGAGAAUGAGCUUCAGGGCAUAGUUUUGGAUUUUGUUUCUCAGCUUCAAGCCUUCUCUCUCCUGCUGUAGUUAUGCAUCUACUGUUCCCAUGGCAACCAAUUAGUGCACCUGGAGACACACAGCUGACUGGAAAGCUGCUUCUAACUAGCCUGGCUGGGCCAUCCAGUUGCAUGAAUCACUUGCCAUUCCUUCCCACAACAGUCUGGACUUCGGCCAGUUGGGAGCCAAGGAGUAUUAGAAAUCAGAAUAGAACCAGGCAAAGCAGUGACUGUGUUUCCACUGUUCCCCGGACAACAGGAAAAGGCAGCCCCUGAUUGGUCCAUGUGUAGAUGGAGACGUCUAACACAUGCUGCGGGACUUUUCAAAGCACCGUUCAUUUAGAACGCCUUUAAUUCUGCAGUUGACUUUGCAAGUCGGCAGAAAUCGUUUAUAUCUGCAGAAAAAGACGUAAAAGACAUUGUUUGCUCGUACACGUUGAAAUAUUACCAAACCUUUACUUGAUGCUUGACAGCCCAGCAGGGAACACGGAUGCGCACAGUGAUGACGUCAGAUGUUUGGUUAUGGUGAUUGGUUACAGUAGUCUGUCUAUCAAGGAAAGUAUUCCCGCCCACUUUUAGGGCUCCCAAUUGGCUGAAGUCCAGACUGUUGUGAGAAGGAACGGCAAGUAAUUCACGCAACUGGAUGGCCCAGCCAGGCUAGCUUCUAACGGCCAUAUGAGACACAUGAAGCCAGGCUCAGUACACAGAGCACUGGGGGUUACAUUUAAAACCCUUCACCAGAGCACUUGACAAACUUUGGCCCCUAUCUACUACAACAAACUUUGACCAACAGAAACCAUUCAGGGCUCCAAAAAUGUAUUCAGGAUUUUUAUUCAUUUAAAUUUUCCCCACUUUAAAUGUAAUCCAGUUAUAAAUACAUUAUUCAAUUCUUCAGACAAAUUUAAACUCAUUCAAACUGAUUCAAACCUAAUACUUCAAACUUGUCUAAUACUUGAGGAUUUUUAAUUAUUCAAAAUUUUCCCAUUUUAAAAUUAUUCUCAUUAUUUUGCAUUUUUUAUUUCUUCAAACAGAUUCCCAGUUUUACUACUACAAUUACAACUAAUAUCACUUUAACUUGUAUCUUAAUAAUAUAAUAAUAAUAGAUUUUAUUUGUAACGCACUUUACAUUUAAAAACAAAUCUCAAAGUGCACAACAAGACAACAAUAACAGUAAAAACCAAGCAACAGGGCAAAACAAUAAAAACAGUCAGCAGAUAAAAUCAGAUAAAAUUAGUUCGGGUAGGCUUUCCGAAAGAGGAAGGUUUUGAGUCCUUUUUUAAAAGCAUCCACCGACUGUGCAGCCCUGAGGUGGUCGGGGAGGGCGUUCCACAGACGGGAAGCAGCAGCCUCGAAGGCCCUGUCACCCAUGGUCUUGAGCCGAGUCCUGGGCGGGCGCAGACGGUGCAGUUGGCCUGACCGGGUUCUGGCUGAGGUAUGUGGGGUGAGGAGUUCGGUGAGGUAGGUGGGGGCUGCACCGUGCAGACAGUGAUGGGUGUGGAGGAGGAUUUUGAAUUCAAUGCGGAGGUGAACGGGGAGCCAGUGCAGAGUGCGAAGGAUGGGGGUGAUGUGCUCAUGUUUACGCACUCUCAUCAGGACCCGGGCGGCGCUGUUUUGGACAUGUUGGAGCCUUUGUAAGCUCUUGCCCGGGAUCCCGAUGAGAAGCGCGUUACAGUAGUCCAGCCUGGAGGAGACAAAGGCAUGGAUGAGUCUCUCUGCUGCAGGACGAGAGAGAAAUGGCCGGAGUUUGGCGAUAUUACGGAGGUGAAAGAAGGAAGUCUUGCAGAUAUGGUUGAUGUGAUAGUCAAAGCUAAGAUGGGGGUCAAACCUGACUCCCAAGUUAGUCACAGAAGGAGAGAGGGAAAAGUUGUGGCCGAGAAAAGAGACGGAUGAAAAGUGGGUAGAACGGAGCUGGUGGGGAGUACCGAUGUGAAUGGCUUCUGUUUUGGAGCUGUUCAGCUGUAAGAAGUUUUCACUCAUCCAAGCCUUUAUCUCCUCCAGGCAGGAGUCCAGUUGGGUGACAGAGGAGGGGGGAGUGGAGGAGGGGGUGACCUUGAGGUAGAGUUGUGUGUCGUCAGCUUAGCAAUGGAAUUGCAUUCCAUGCCUGCUGACGACACGAUCAAGGGGGAGCAUGUAGAUGGUGAAGAGGGUUGGACUGAGCACGGAACCCUGGGGGACCCCACAGACAACAGUGUGAGGGCGGGAUUUAGCAUCCCCCAGGGCCACGAACUCGGUCCUUCCUGUGAGGUAGGAGUGAAACCAUUGAAGGGCGGUGCCAGAGAUACCAAUGUCGUGAUGGAGGUGAUGAAGGAGGAUGUGGUGAUCAACAGUAUCAAAUGCAGCAGAGAGGUCGAGAAGGAGGAGGAGGGAAGUGGAGCCGGAGUCAGAGGUCAUCAGGAGGUCAUUGGUGACUCUGAUGAGAGCUGUCUCGGUGCUGUGGGAGGGACGAAAGCCAGAUUGGAAUUUUUCAUAUAGACUGUUUGAUUUGAGAUGGUUGUGAAGUUGAAUGGAUACAACUCUUUCGAGAGUUUUGGAGAUGAAGGGGAGAUUGGAGAUAGGUCUAUAGUUUGACAGGGAGCUAGGAUCAAGAGUGGGUUUUUUGAGGAGGGGCUUGAUGAUAGCUGUUUUGAGGCUGACUGGAACAUGGCGGGGCGGCAGUAGCUCAGGAGGUAGAGCGGUCGUCCAAUAACCAGAAGGUCCGUUGUGUCCUUGGGCAAGACACUUAACCCACCUUGCUCCCAGUGUGUGUCCUCCACUGGUGUAUGAUUGUGAGUGUUGUGUGGUGGUGGUCGGAGAGGCCGUAGGCGCAGAAUGGCAGCCACGUUUCCACCACCACCAAAGUGUGACUGUGUGAGCGAAUGAAUGGUGUAUCUAAUGUAAAGCGCUUUGAGGGUCUCUGAUAAAGCGCUAUAUGAAAUCUGAUGCAUUAUUAUUAUUAUUAUUAUGGCCGGUUUGAAGAGAUGGCCGGUUCUUCACGUCUACCUCCACUACUCUUGCUUCUCUAAAUAUUUUUUUACUGCGUCUCUUACUUUUACUGCCACUAUUACUUCUACCACAAGCUUUACUACUUUGACUUCUACUUCUUCUGUUCUAAAACUACUUCUACUGCUUACAUGACUACUAAUAUCACUACUACAACUACCUAUUAUCAUACUACUUUUAGGACUACAACUUAAACUUAUGCCACUUCUCACUUUUCUGUGUUUUAGGGUAAUUUUCUUUCUUAUCCAUUUUUUUUUUUGCAAUUUCAGACAGUUUCUCUAGCCUUAUUCAGCAUGAAUGCAAUUUUAAUUUAUGAAGCACAUUCAUACUGUUUGGACUUCAACAGUUUUCACUUUCAUCCAACUUCCACUUCUUCUUCUUCACCCCUUUAACCAAUUUUACAUUAAAACCUUCUUCUAUUUUUUAUUAGCAGUUUUGCAUUGCUUUUUCAGCUUUCAGAACUCAGCAUUUCCACGCAUUAUCUGCAAGGAAAUGCAGUUUUUCUAGUUAUUAUUAUUCUUCAGUACCUUUUUUGGCCCUUUUCAACUCCUUCCCACUUUGUGCUAUUUUAACCAGUCAAACUUUAUACUAAUGCACUCCUUCAGGACAUUAUUGGUAUUACUUUUCAGCUUUCUACCAUUUAAACCUUUUGCAAUAUUUCACUUUUUCUGCAAAAUUUGUUCCAUUAGAAAUGAAUAGAGAAAUCUCUCCACUCCGCCUACAGCUAUAACACCUAUGUUGUAUUCACUCCUCUUUGCUAUUUCCUACUGUUUUUGCACAAUUUAGCUUGGAGCAACAUGAAGUUUUCUGCCUUUUUCAGCCUUUCCAAUGAGUGUGUAUUGGAAACGCUAGAGCGUGUGACGUCAUCGCUAGAGCGGGUGACGUCAUCGCUAGAGCGGGGGGAGCGUUUUGGAUUCACUAAACCAAGCAUGAUUAUUUUGCUCCCAUGGCUGCAAUUUUCACUCCACAGCCAUAAAAAACACAUCAAAAUGGAGGCACACUUGUCCUGCUUCUCACAAAAUAGGUCUGAAGUCAUCAAAUUGUACCGCUUGCCCAGGAGGUGAGUACAUUCCUUAGGAGCCAGAGAUUCUGCCCAUUAACUCCCAUGUUAAAUUUUGGCCAAGAAACCCUGACAAACACUACAGUGAAGCCGGUUUUUAACUCGCUGUUGUGGCCACAUUUUUUACACUUUGGACAUAAAAAAUACAUCAUUGUGUUCAUGGGAAUCUCAGGACUCCUAAGAUCAUCUUAUUUUUGGGAUAUGACUUAUGGAAAUUGCGCUAGGGGGAAAAGUUCAGACGGUUUCUCACUGCUUUUGCGAUAUCAGCACUUCUCAUGGGCUGUGUGCUUAGAUCACACACGCACAUGCACUCGACGGGCUCGGCCACGCGGGCACACACACUGUUUCCAUGAGUGCAUUACUGUCUCUCUGUCAGUAGAAAAUAUACCCCCAAUAUUUACUUUGUUGUUACAGUUCUUGUCUUUAACUCUUUUAACAUACUAACUUCUUUUUCCUCUACCUCUGCUUUUCUUUACUUUCUAUAUGUAUUCAAUUAAUUUAACUUCAGCUGUUUCAUACUUUCUACAUUCAUAUGUAGGGCAGUACCUGAAGCACGGCAAUAGAUGAUGCUGUUCUGCAUUCUCAAGUUACUAUGGUUGGAUGCUGCAGACUGCAAAAAUCUGUUUUACUAUUUGUACAUUUAAUUGGAACAUUGCUACACAUUAUUUUAAGGCAUUUGUUUUUCAAAUUCAAUUAUCCUUAUUAUCAGUUCUGUUAAUUCACAUCAAUGAUAUACGUUUUUCACUUAGGCUAUUAGACAAUUUGUACAUUAAUGCAACUAAUUUACCUUCAGUUAUACUACAAUUCUUCCAUUCAUACAAAUUCUUCUUCUACUCCACCUUUUCAACAGUUUUUCCAUUCACACCUUCCAUUCACACCUUCCUCAAUUUUUUAUUGUCAGUAUAGCAUUGCUUUUUUGGCUUUCAGCACUCAGCAUUUCCACGCAUUUUCUGCAAGGAAAUGCAAUUUUCCUAGUUGAGUGGGGAAGCAUUCCCACCACAUGUUAUUCAAAAUCUUUAUUUUUAUUAUUCUGCCGUUUUUUGGCCCUCAACUACUUCCACAUACUUCAACAUAUUCAAACCAUUCAAACUUCAAAAUGUUCCUCUGAUUGAGGAGAUUCCGGAUUUUCCUAACAUUCAUACUUUCCGAGAUAUUCCCGGUUUUCCGAGCGAUUUCUCCCAUUAGAAAUGCAUUGAGAAUUUUCAAAAUGGCCCCUUUUCUCACAUUUCUUCCCACAACUUCAAAAGCCUUCAACUCAGUCAUCUUCAUGGUUAAGCAGUGGGUUCUUCCUCAGUGGACACGAGUUCGAAUCCCGACAAGGGAACAAUUGUUUCAUAUCAGGUACCCUUCACAACAGCAGCUUAGCUAUAGCAAUUCAGCUGAAUCAUUCCCACUUGAAAUUUCAUUUUCUAGUUUUUAUUAUUAUUAUUCCACCGUGUUUUGGCCCUAAACUACUUCUACAUCCUUCAACAUAUUCAAACCAUUCAAACUUCCAAAUAUUCCUCUCAUUGAGGAAAUAUCAGCUUGUAUUCAAAAUUUUCCUAACAUUCAUAUUUUCCUUGUCAUUCCCGGUUUUCCAACUGAUUUCUCCCAUUAGAAAUGUGUUACGGAAUGUUCAAAUUGGCCCUUUUCCCACAUUUUCUUGACACAACUUCAAAAGCCUUCAACUCGCCUAUACUUUCACCUAGAAACUUUAUUCAAACUUCAAAACAUUCACACACCUUCAGACAUUCACUCAUUUAUUCACCAUCUUCAUGCCAUUCAUACUUUUCUCACAGUGACAGUUCAAAAAGUUUUCAAAAAGUGAUUAUCUGACCGCUUCAGGUUUUAACAUUAGUGUGUAUUGCAUGGAAUGUUGGCAGCUAGAGUGCGUGACCUCACCGCUAGAGUGAGAGAAGCUGAAAAUUUAUCCUCAAAACUUUGUCUUUACAAAAGGAUUGUGGCAACUCACUUCACUCUACACGGAUAAUAUUAUGUACAGUGAUGGAAACACUCGCUGUCACUCAUCAUCUCAAAAAUCAAAGCCAUAGGACACACACAGUGGCUUGGGCAGACACCAACUGCCACAGACAUCCCCAAAAUUUCCCCAGCUUUCUCCAUUGACUCCAAUAUGAACAUGAGAGGAGGAUUUUCAGAGGACAGACAAACUUGACAUGUUUUUAACUUGUCCUAGUUAAAUAUUUUCAAUUUGUUCAGCCAGGUCUUGUGGUUCUCACAGGCUCAUAUCACGACGAUAGCAGUUACAGAGGAAGAGCAUUAGGGCAUCGUUCGAGCAUUGCUCUCUCAGCCUCAAGCCCCCUUUCUCCUGCUGUAGUGAUGCAUCUACCUUCACCAUGGCAACCAAUUAGAGCAACUGGAGACACACAGCUGGCUGGAAAACUGCUUACGGCCAUAUGAGACACAUGAAGCCAGGCUUAGUACACAGAGUACUGGGGGUAACAUUUAAAACCCUUCACUGGAGUUAUUUGACAAACUUUGUCAUCUAUCUCUUUCCACAAACUUUGAGCUACAGAAACCAUCCAGGGCUAAAAAAAAAUUCAGUUCAUUGAGGACAUUAUGGGAUGCAUUCAGGAUUUUUUUUUAAUUAAAUUUUUUUAUCACACUAGAUUCAAUUUGAAUAGUCAUGCAUAGUUAAUUCUUCAAACAAAUUAAAAAUUAUUCAAACUGAUUUAAACCUUUCUGAUACUUCUAAUACUUUAAGAUUUUUAAUCAUUUUAAUUUCCCUGUUUUAAAUCAUUUAAUGAUUUAUACAUCAUUUUAUUCUUCAAACAAAUUCCAACUCAUUCAAGGUGAUUCAAACAUUUCUAGUACUUCAGGAUUUUUAAUCAUUUUAAUUUUCCACACACUGAUUUUUUUUAAACAAUUUAUGCACUAUUUAAUGAAUUCAUCCAAAUCAUUCAAAUAAUUCAAAGCUUCCUCAAAAUUCAAACAUUAUCUUUCAUAGACUUUCAAAAUCCAGCCAUUCGCAAUAGCAGUUCAGCUAUAGCAAUUUCAAACAGUUCAAACAUUUCUUCAGAAAUUGCAUUUUUUAGUUUAGUGUAGAAUGAGCAAAUGAAAGUACUCUUGAGCAGCAUUUCUCAAACUUUUUUCAGUCAUGGCACCUCUCAGAAGUGCAUAAAAUCUCACAGCACCUCAGUGUAAAAUAUAAUUUAAAACAACACUACAAAGCCUAAAUAUAAAUGCAAAUGUCCUGUUUACUUGGACAGAACAAUAGUGAUGAACAGAGCAUAAUACCAACUGAAAGUGCACCACAGAUAAGCAGGAAUGUUUCCUUCCAUCCUAAGUGCUGGUUUAUUUCCAUGCCCACACACACAUAAUCCCCAAUGACAGAGGAAGAGAGGCUCACUCUCACACUCACUAGCAUGUACCUUUGCGACCUUUGGUGCAGACUCAGAGCUGGUGGAUGAAGGCUGGCAUGAAGUAGUAGGCUGAGGCUCAAUUUCAGAAUUAGUGAUGUUCGAUUCUUGUGGGGCUUUCCUUUCUAGAAAACGAUUCAAGAUGCUAUUGCUUGUUCCUUGCGCUUUGUGAAAUCAAAUGUAUUUUCGUGGCUAAAUGAUAAAACAAUGUGCUGCACAGUCAGACCUUGCGGCUGGGCUAUUGACGUUGUGACACGUUUUUAACAAUGGGCAUGUGAGACAGAUCUUUAUGAUUAAUUUUAAGUAUGUAUAUAUUUGUCUGAAAUUAAUUUUAUGGUUGAUUUAUUGAUACACGUAUCUAAAAGAAAUGUAUUUAUGUAUUCAGUCAGGUAUUCAGUCAUGUAUUUAUAUGUAAAAUAUCAGAAUAGGUCAUUUUCGGACAGCACCCCUGACACAGUCAGACAGCCCCCCAAGGUGCUGCAGCACCCACUUUGAGAAGGCUGCUCUAGAGCACUAAUUCUUGUAUAUCUUGAUCCAGAUUUACAGUGAUAUAUUUUUCAUCUGAAAUAGAAUAACAACUCUCAUUGUUUCCCUGCUUUACUAACUGUUUUUUGGUUUCAGAUUUGCAUUAGAACAGGAAGUGAAAAAAGGAGUGCUGAUUGAUGUGAAGCUAGUGCUUAAAGAUACUUCUUAGUGCUUGAGGUGAACUAGGUUUUUAAAGUAUGUAAUGUGUGUUCCCUCAGCUGUGUUUGCUCUUCCUGUGUCCUUAUUUGAUUGCUCUUUUGUAUUCAUCUUCAUAUCUGUUUGCCUUAAACUAAGUUUGUCCUCUCAGUCAAAUCAGGGCGGUCCUCAACCUCAGUCCAUGUUCCACUCUGGAGGUUUGUCAGCUCCCACCCCUCCUAACCUGCCUCCAGGACACAGCUCCCCACAGGCCUCCUACACCAUGCAGGGAUACAGCCUCCCUGCUCACCAGCCACUACCACAUGGCUUCCCCUCCAUCAGCCAGCUCACACAGGUGUAUAUCCACAUCAGGACACUUUUUCUACUAGUGAACCUUGUUUAAGUGGGGAAAAAAAAACACUUUCUUACGUUUGUCCUGCGCAGGCUCACAUCACAGGAGGCAUGUCAGGACCUCACCAUGCUGCAGGUCACGGGCUGCCCCCAGUUAUGCUGCACUAUGUCCCCCCUCAGCAGGGCAGCAGCUCCAACCCCCAGCAGGCAGCACCACAACACUUUUACAUCGGACCACCCCAAGGUAAACAAAUAAACCUGAGCACAGACAAAACCUUUUCACACACAUGCUCCUCACCAGUGGCGUAACAUCAUGGUGGUAGGCCCUGGUGCAAAUAUUUUUUUUGUGCCCCCACCCCUGCCCUGAACAAAAGCCCAUGCACACACAUGCACACGCACGCACGCGCGCACACACACGCAUGCACGCACAGCCACUGUAGAGAACUGCUAUUUUUGUUAUGUAGGCUGACAGCCUGAAUUCACUGCACUUUUUCUUUCUUUUUUUUGCCACUGGCUUCCCUGUUUGUGUCAUUUUGUGGAGCAGUAAAGCUAAAUAUCUCUGCUGCUCUACUCUGCUCAUGCUGCCCUCACGCUCUCUCUCUCCUUGUCACCGAGAAAAACUUCAUUUUCCUGCCUGUCACUUCUUUCUGUAAUUUUGAUCUACAUUUGUUUUCACCAGUUUCCAUCUUAUUUGUAUCACAAUCAAUAAGUAAAUGUUAAUUAUAUCAGCAAAAGGAAAUGCGCAAUAGUAAACCACAUGCAUUAAGUUCUCAAGUCAGCUACCAAUCUACAGGGGAUGGUGCAUGUAAACCGAAGGACAAAAAUGUACACAAACAGGAGAGCCGGUGGCAAAAAGAAAAGAAAGAGGCAAAGCCGAUUAUGGCACAUCAUCAUGGAGGAAAUGCAUCCACUGUGGGUGAUCAGCAUUGGGGAGAGCUUCCUCGGUGCUGAUUUUUUACCUUUUUUUUCUCCCCUUCCCUCCUUUAUGGGCCCCUGACGGCAUCUGGGCCCCGGUGCAGCUGCACUGGUUGCACCGCCAAUAUUUACGCCUGUGCUCCUCACAGUGGGAAGUUUCCUCUGUCCCAGCUCUGUAGUUUAUGUGUUUAUUACCUAAGUUCACCUUUUCUGAACAGUAACGUGGGUAAGUAAACAUUUGGAUGUUUGGUUUUUGUGUCUUUCAGCUGUUCAGGUUCCCACUCAUCCCUCUCAGCAGCUUUCUUUCCACCCGUCUGCAAACUGA